UUGCAUGUAAAAUGAGGACUUUAUUUCACGUGAAGAUUUCCCAAUGAAGCCUGACACUGAAGAGGGCAUGGGAAGUCUGGAUGAUUUUUGCACGUAGGAGUAAGGAAGUUAAAGAACAAUGACUUCUGUCCCAAGUUAAGAGCUCAGACUGAGGAACUUUGCACCGGCAAACACUGUUUGCAUUAGAACUUUCCCAACUUCUGUUCAGCUUCAGGCGAAAACCCACAAAAGUGGGAAAGGAAAAGCCGUCAUCGGCAUUUAGUUUUUUUCUCCUAUGAUCCUGGGAAUAAGGCCGUGCGUGCGUGCGCUUGUAUAAAUAAGAAAAACAUACAGGGCCUGUUUUGGUCUCUCACUACUCAACAGGCCCAACUUUUACUUGGGCUUCGGUUGCCAUAACAACGCAGUUCCUCGCCAGGCUUAGAAACAAGUGGAAGGCAAGAGCAGCUUGCAAAUGGAUUGGCCACGGGCGGGCCACGUGACGUCGGCCGUGUUUUUUUUGUGUGGUGGUGGUUUGUUUUUUUUUGACAAGGCAAAAUAAAGCAGAUAGCGACGGCGAGGAAGGAGGGGAGCGGACGGAGGGAGGGAGGGAUGCCCGCCUGGGAAGGCGAGGAGAGGGGCGGCUGAGGCAGGCUUCCCGGAGAGUCCUAGAGCUGCGCGGGGCAUGGGAGGCGGGGCAGAGACCCUCGCGACUCUCCCCGCACCCCGCUUCUGCCUCGCGCGUUAAGCUUCCACGCCAGCGGGUCUGUCUGCCCAACUCUUCCUCCCUUGCCCGCUUCGCACGACGCCGCCGCAGCCCGUGACUGGGGAGCGUGUGGCGGCGGCGGCGGCGGCCCGCUUGGCUGGGAGGCAGAGAAGUGUCAGGAGGAGGAGGAGGAGGAGGAGAGUUAGUCAGCGGAGGAGGGCACGGCGGAGUCAUGGAAAACCCUCGGCAGCCGCCGCGAGAGCAACAACAGCCCGGCUGGCGGGGAGGGAGAGCCUGCGCGUCGAGACUGGACUGAGGCGGGCAGGUCCGGGUGGCGUCGCCGCCGCCGCCGCGUUGUUUGCGUGAGGGCUUGAGGAGGCCCAGCAGCAGCGGCGGGUGUCCGCUCGCCUCCCUCUCCGGAGUCGCCGCGGGUUGUGGGGAGGAGAGAGAGAGAGCGGGAGCGAUGCGGCGGCGGCUGCUGCUGCGACAGCCUGCCUUGACCCGCUGAGGUGCGCGCGAGAGCGGGACUGCGAGCCCGGCUCAUGCGGGGCAGGUGAGGGGCCGAGUGGGAGGAGGAGGACAGCAGCAGCAGCAGCCGGGAGCCUUUUAUUGGCCGCCGCGCGCGUCGGGCACAUUCGGGCGCCUCGGGAUCUCCGCGGGUGUCUAGGAGGGCCCGGAGCGCCGAAAGGGGCUGGCGGUUGCCGUUGACACGGGACUUGAGCGAUGGGGCGGUGAGGAAGAAGUCGCCUUCCAUCCCUCCUCUUCUCUCCUCCCUCCCCCUCUAGUCCCCUCUCGGCUGGGUUGUGUAAGGUGAGGGUCGAGCCGAGCCAAGGAGGAGGAAGGUGGUGGUUGUUUUUUCCUUCCGCCGAGCUCAAUCCAGGUGCUGUUUUAUUUACCACGAACGGCGCGAGGCUUUUUGUUGCGCGUUUCCGAGGACUUAAGGAACAAAGUGGACCAUUGCGCUGCGCGGCUUCCCCGUCGUCUCCUCCUCCUCUUUUUUUUUUAAAGCCCUCCCUCCUUUUAUGACAAUGAGCGUCGGCGGCUGUUGUCAGACUGUUUUUAUUUAGUCUCGGCGCGCGAGCAGGGAAUUUGGGGGAAGGAGGUCGGGAGUUCUGCCCUCUCUCCCUCUCCCUCCUCCUCCUCCUUCCUGCCUGGCUCCGUAGAACAGGUAAAACGCAAUGGACUCCAGCCUGGGUUGACCCUGCCCUGGAGCUCUGUGAUUCAGAGCCUUUUGAUUCGGGCGAGUGUGUUGCAUACGCGUCGGAGGGGAAGUUUUAACUUUUUGUUGUCUGAGCUUUGGCCCAGGCAGGUUAUAAAUAGACCUGUUCAGACGCCGUGUUAAAGAAGGACACACUGGCAAGAUCCAGAGAGAGAGAAGGAGGGAGGGAAGAAGGCAGGCAUUGGCCGGGUCUAGCUUCCCCCCCCUCCCAGCAGACUUCUGCUGCCACCACAAUAAAUGCCAGGAGGAGGCCUAGCUGCUACAGAUUUUUGUGAGCUGUUAAGGAUAAAGGGGGGGGGGAUUUUUAUUGUAUUAUUCCUGUAACAAUAGCAAAAAGAGAGAGAGAGAGAGAAAUUAGCUGCAGACAGCAUUAGUGAGACUACAAAGAAGAGGGAGAGAAAAUAGCCCUGAUAAGCCCUUCCGCCCCCCUUUUCCUUGAAGAAGAAGAAGAAGAAAGAUUUGGACUGAAAAUGAAGCCUGACCGAGGUAAAUGAUUCAAUAAAAAAUCCUAUGCUUAACAUUUUUAUCCUGGAUAAAUGGUUUUUUUUAAUGGGUGGUGAUAAUAUUGUGAUGAGGUGGGUACUGGGUCCAUUUGGGGAGGGGGAAAGAGUGAGGGUUUUGGAAGGAUUAAUGCCUGAAAUUGAUAAUUAUUGUUAGUCUCUGUAGUGUUAUUUUUUUAAGGAGGUUGUGAAAAUUUAUUGGAUUGACUUUGUCAAUAAAGAGCUGGGUUUACUUCAUCAAUCAAGAACUGGAAGACAGAAACUCAUUGUGAAAAAUACCCUUUGCCCUGGGAGGAUCAUUUUAAAUGUCAGAACAGUGUUGUGCUUAGGCUUAGGCUAUUAUCAUACAAUUGCAACAUGAAAAAAAAAUCUGUCAGAGAUUGCUAUCAGGAAUUUUGUUAGCAACUCAAUCUCUGUAUAAAUGGAUGAUAUAAACACAGGUUAGGACAGCAUUGAAACUCAUGCAAAGCAGCUAAAACUUUCAUUCUAUUUAUAUUCUCCUGACCACUUCUAGUAGAAUCUGCUCUAGUUCCUUUAAUUGUGUUUGUGGCUAGUAGUUAAAUUCAGUGGGUCAGAUAGCAUCGUUCUACUGAUUCAGAACUUGUGUAGCUAUUGCAAAAAUGGUUCACGCCACUAGAGUUAAGCAAGUCCUGACUUCUAAUGUUAACUGUGUAUUCAUCAUUAGUUAUUGCUUGCAAUAAUGUAUUUCACUGUUGUAACUAGCCUGAACAUUAUUUUUAGUGAACAGUGCAAUCCUAUGCAUGUAUACUCAGAAGUAAGUACUACCAAUGUCUCAAGCAUCUGCAGGAUUGCAGGUUAAAUUUCAUAUCUCACAUUGGAGCAAUGAGCACUCGGGAGUAAUAUCUUUGCUAUACUGUAUUGUACUUCCAUAACUUUAAAUACACAGUCAGUUACUAUAUGAAUCAUUUCAGGCAUGUAAGAUUAUAUAUUAAAGUGGCUGAGGAUGUGUAAAAGUAUCAAGGCUGUGAUCCUAUAGGCACUUACCUGGGAAGUGCUUUGUUUUUUGAGAUGCUUGCUUAUUGAGUAUGCUUUUUUGUUACAAAAAGUAUGUUAUUUUCUGAUUAAUAUAUUAAAUAAGUGAAUGUACAGAAGUACAUGUGUCAUGGCUGUUUUAAAACUGCUUGAUCUUGAAAGAAAAGAAACUGGUGGGAUACGGUCAAACAAAGGAGCAUUGUGUAUUGACAACUACUUGCAGAAUCCUUAUUUGACUUCAGUUGUGUCGUGUGCAAUAUGAUUCUAAACAUGUUUACUCUGAAGUAAAGCUGACUAUUCAAUGGUACUUACUUCCCAAUAAGUGCUCUUAGGUUUGCAGCCUAAAUACUCAAAGGGAAAGCAGGAAUUACUAAAUAUACUGAGAUAAAGCAGAAGUUCAGUAUUUGUAACUCCUUUCACACUAUGAAAGCUUUGGCACAAUAGAUCUGAUAUGAGACAGUGGUGAUUUAUGGUGAGAUAGCUGUAGAGUAGUCAGCCAGUGUAAUGCAGUUGAAAUAAAGGUGAAUGAAGACUUCUUGCAGAAAACAACUUUUGAUAUAUUGAAAUUAUAAUGUCUCUGAGACACAUCAGGCCGCGUAACAGUAGCAAAAUGUGCUUUAAAUUGCCUUACUUUUCGCAACAGCAAGGUGAAGUUGGAACUUUAAGUGCCAGUUGCAGUUUUGAAAGCAAAUAAGAACUAUAAUUCCAAUGCACAUAGUUUUAACUGUCCACAAAUUGUUACUCUUUGUGAACCAUCUACAAAGGGUUAAACUGUGGCCUAAAUGCCAUAUUCAUCCUACCAAUGCAGUUAUGAAGGCAUAAUCAUGCAAAUGUUUACAUGUGAUUCCCCCCCCCCACUCAACAGCAGCUGCACCACAGGGAAGCAUGAAAUCACCUGCUUCCAUUAGUUGCAAAUUAAUAGUGAAGGACACAGGAUGAGCAGAGCAUUUAACUAAGCUGCAGUACAGUCUGUUUAAUACUGGACAGAUAGGAGGAAAAUUGUGCUGCACUUGACUAUAAAGGAGAAAUGUUUUGUUUGUUUCUCCAGAUGAUAUUCUUGGUUAAUCAGUAGCAGUUUUGUCUUUUUCAUUAGUAGUUGUAGUAAUAGCUGAACUUAAGUUCAAAGUGAUUGUCCGAUCUAGGAUUUUGGGUAGAAAAACAUGCAUUUAGAAGUAAAAAUAGAAUGAAACUCUUGAUUUUAAAUAAUGUGCUAGUGAAUCUGAUAACUUCCUGUAUUCAGAUGAAAGGGGGCACUUAUUACUAAUUCUCUGUCAGUGACACUGAGAAGCAUUUUCAUUGAUUUGGUAGCAGAAAAGAUGGGUUGAUGGAGGUUUAGAAACUUGGCUCUGAAAUAAAGGGCAUCGGUUAACAUAUUCAAAAUGUAUGAGGUUAUCUUAUAUUUAUAAGAUAGGGGGAGGGGUCAGAGAGAGCGCUCUGCCCCCCCAACUGCUUGUACUAUAUAAGUUUAAGGUAUGCAGUAAAUCGUGUUCCAUUGCAUCCCUUAAGCAUCACUGAGUUUAGUAGAUCUUAGUCUCCAGGCUUGGGGAACUGCCAACAUUGCUGUUUUGCUUUUAAAUCAUUCAAAGUUUAACCACUUUUUAAAGUACCGCUGACAGCAUCACAGUCAUAUAUAUACAUUUCUACUCAGAAAUCUCAUUGAGUUCAUGGAGACUUACUUCCAGAUAUGAGGGUAUAAGACUGUAGCCUAAUUCAUUUUGCCCUGAGGGGAGAAGGAAGAAACUUGGGGAUUUGUCACCAUUCAUCUCCCAUAGGGCCCCUUCCCUCCUCCAACUGUCGCCAGAGGGGUGUCUGAAUGACACUUUUGCCCUGAGAGGAGUGAGAAGAAGUAGAAUAAUUUUUUUAAAAAAUUGAUGCUUGUUGUUGUAAUUUUUGUUAAGCUGCGUGGUGAGGUCCACCUGAAAAACUAUAGAAACACCUUAAAAACAAUAUUUUCCACAAAAAACUAGUUCCAAUUUACUUACUAUAUCUAGUAAUUUGAAGGGGAGAAGUGGAUAUGCAUAUCUAUAACAAGUCCUGGGCAGUGUUAUCACCCAUCUUCAGAUGUUGCUGGAAAUAGAUGGUUUACCUACUGUGGAAAUGUGGAGACUCGCUUUUUGUUGUCAUGUGUCAGGGAAGCCUUAAAGCUCCUUCCUUGGAAAUACGUCCCAUUAAUUUGUAAGUAAAACUGCUUAUGACAACUGAAACUUUCCGACUCCAGCCCACUGAUGUAUCAUCUCCAACUUUUAUCACAUACAACCCGAAACUCUGUAAUUGUAGAUUGAGAGUUUUGUAAAUAGCCAACAGGCAUAUUUGAUAGUUCUACUUAGAUUUAGCAGGGAGUAAGCUUGUUUUGAAGAUUGCAGGACUACCUCCCAAGUAAACAUGCAUAGGAUUGUGUUCAUCUUUGCAGAUAAGAGGUGCAAAAUUCAGUUUAGGAUGAUGAAUAAUAAACAAGAGGCAUAUGUGCUCCAGGUGAUGUUACUUCCUGUUUAGUAGGGUGGCGGCAGCUGUUCUGAAGAUUGCCUAAAUUGUGCUUCUAGUUAUAGAAGCCGCAGGUAAAUGCAGGGAUGAGGCAAUGAAGUGGUAGUGAUGCUGUAUCCUGUUCUAGCAGGGAAGCUGUUCUGGCAGUUUUUCUUGCUAUUGGAUUGUACUCCUGAAAAGUAAAUAUAAGGGAGAGAUCUGUGAUGUUUGUUGGAUUACUUUAUAAGAAAUGUGAGGAUUAGGAAAUCCUAGAAAAAGAUGGCUCAGAUGGCAAUCUUAUUGCAUGGUGGUUUGGAUAAUGAUGUGGGGAAUCUAGCCUUAAUUAUGGGAAAAACAGAUGUGCCAUUGUAGUGUAUAGUGUACAGACACAAAAGAAUUGCAAGUUGCUCUGAUUUUGUCUGUGUAGAGGAAGGACUUUCUGGUGUUUCGGUUCCUAAUUAAUUUUCACCUGCUCUGUUGCUGCCAAACAAAAUUGCAUAGUUGUUAGUACUACUGACCUUUUAUUAGUAAUCAAAGAUUAAGUGAAAACUUGAUGAUGAAGAAGAAUCUUGGGUGGAAAAUGGAGGAUGUGGAUUAAAAUAUAAUUGAGCAUUUACUGGAGACAACAUCUUAAGUGAAGUACAAACUAUAAUAAAGUAGUAAUUAUGUGCUUUCAUCUUGUACUGAAAGUAAAAAUGGAAAUGGCAACUGUAAUUUAUUCAGUUAAGAUUUUAAGCUUUUAAGUUUGUGACCUAUCUCUUUCCACUCAGCAGUGCAUCCUUGUAGUUGAUUAAUUUUUAUGGCUUUAUAUGAGGCCUGGCUGGAUCUAUGGCAGUAGUCCUGUCACAAUUCUGGAUUCAUGGUUGUAGUCCUUGGAUGGAACCAUCUUUGUUGGUAGAAAAAGGCAUGAGUGGUAUAAGCCAUACUCAAGAGUAGACCCAUUGAAAAACCAAUGGACUUAAGUUGUCCACUGUCUUUCAGUGGGCUGGCUCUGAACAUGAUCUAGUCAGAAACCACUCUAAUAUUUCAGUUCUGAAAAUCAGUUUUUUAUUGUGCCACACUGGACUUUGAAUGAAAAUGCAACAAGUGCCUCUGGGAGCAAUCGGACUUGAUAUUGAUCUGUCACUUUCAGAGUGAAUAGUAUGAAAAAACAACAACCAUGACUUCACCUAGUGUUUAUACUUUGAGACUUUCUUGAUUGUGGGAAGCACCAAACAAAUUAAAAAUAAAAAUAAACAAGAAGGCUAACAUUAAAAACAAAUUAAUAAUAAGGUGAAAUAAUUAGUUUAGAAUAGUAAUGAGUCGGAUACUUCAAACAGUAAUGGGCAAGAAACUCAUAAUUCACAUGACAGUGUAAUGUGUGUGACUCAUUUUCUGUUACCCAGAUGCUUUCAAAUUUACUCUUAUGCCUAGGAAUUAAAAUAUUCUUCAGACCACUGUGUAGACCAGAUCUGGGGAGCAUGUGGCUCUCCAGUUUUUGUUUGACUCCUAAUCCCCAUUAGCCCCAGUAAACAUGGUUGAUGUUGGGAUCUGUAGUCCAGCAACACCUAGUCCCUAGCUCUGACACAGAUUGAUUCACAUGUUAAAGGAAGAGGCUGUUUAACCAGUUUUAGUUUGUCCUUUUUCAAGCAGGAUGCUUCCAGAUACGUGGCUUCUAGUGCUGUAAGCUAUAAGUGGAAUUGCAAUCUACUUUCCAUGCUAUUGGGAGGACAGUACAGUGGAACCUCGAGUUGCGGACGUAAUCCAUCCCAGAGGCAUGUCUGCAACUUGAAACGUUUGCAUCCAGAAGCGCCACGUCUGCGCAUGCGGCGCAAUUUAGCGCUUCUGCACAUGCACGAAGCACAAUUGAGAGAUUCUUCACAUGUGCGGGCAGCGAAACCCAGUGAAACCAUUCAGGUACUUCUGGGUUGCCACAGGACGCAACUUGAAAAGACGUAACCUGAAGUGGAUGUAACAUGAGGUUUGACUGUACAGCGGUACCUUGGGUUACAUACGCUUCAGGUUACAGACGCUUGAGGUUACAGACUCCGCUAACCCAGAAAUAGUGCUUCAGGUUAAGAACUUUGAUUCAGGAUGAGAACAGAAAUUGUGCUCCGGUGGCGUGGUGGCAGCAGUGGGAGGCCCCAUUAGCUAAAGUGGUGCUUCAUGUUAAGAACAGUUUCAGGUUUCCAGACCUCUGGAACGAAUUAAGUACUUAACCCGAGGUACCACUAUAUUGCAGUUUUUCUAUGUGUAUAUCCUGCAGUGUGAUAUUCACAUCAGCAGGUAUGAUACAGGGGUGAUUUGCAGCUCAUUAUCAAAAGUCUACUGCAGUCUGUUAAGGUACCAUAUUAUAAUUUUAUUUCUUUAAUCUAUUUUUAAAAAUUAUUGCUAAAACAUAUUUUUGGCUUUUUUUAGAAUGAGAGAUCACUCGCCAUUAUUUUAUAUUGACCUACCGACUAGUCGGGACGUGGGUGGCACUGUGGGUUAAACCACAGAGCCUAGGACUUGCCGAUCGGAAGGUCAACGGUUCGAAUCCCCAUGACGGGGUGAGCUCCCGUUGCUCGGUCCCUGCUCCUGCCAACCUAGCAGUUCAAAAGCACGUCAAAGUGCAAGUAGAUAAAUAGGUACCGCUCUGGCAGGAAGGUAAAUGGCGUUUCUGUGCUUCUCUGGUUCGCCAGAAGCGGCUUAGUCAUGCUGGCCACAUGACUAUACGCCGGCUCCCUCGGCCAAUAAAGCGAGAUGAGCGCCGCAACCCCAGAGUCAGUCUUGACUGGACCUAAUGGUCAGGAGUCCCUUUACCUUUACUUUACCGACCAGUCAGCUGCAUACCGAUACCAAGAAAGGUCCUAGAACAGAUAAUUAAACAGUUGUUCUGCGAACACUUGGAAAGGGAUGCUUUGAUUAUUCAGAACCAGCAUGGGUUUCUCAACAAUUUAUGCCAGACUAUUAUUUAUUUACUUAUUUUAUAGAGUUACGAUAUUGGUGGAUCAGGGGCAUGUUGUAGAUGUAAUGUAUCUUGAUUUCAGUAAAGAUUUUGACAAAGUCCUCCAUGAUAUUCUUCUGGAGAAGCUAGUAAAGUACGGGCUAGACAAUGUUACUAGUUAACUGACCAAACAGUGACCACCAAAUGUUCCUCACUACCCUGUCAAAAGUAAUGUGGGGUGCUGCAGGUUUCUGUCCUAGGACUGGUGUUGUUCAUAAACUUUCUAGGUGACUUGGAUCAUUGAUCUGACCCAGCUUCGACAACCUGAGUACAGUAAUCAUGAAGCCUUUCAUGGGCCCGGGUUUGAGGGUCUAUACCUGGUUUUGUGUCAAAGAGACAAGGUGAGGAUGUUGCUGGUGUACCAGCCACACUGUUGCAACAACUAUUGCUUGGUUGCUAUUUGAGAAAGUAUUUGAGAUGCUGUGGCAGUACAACUCCAGAUAUUAUUGGAAGAAGCAAAUUUUUUUUUAGCUCUAUUACAGUUUGGGUUCUGGUCAGAGUUGGGACAGAAACAGCCUUGGUCAUUCUGAUGAGUGACCUUGACUGGAAGAGAGACAAGAGAGUGUGACCCUAUUGAUUAUCCUUGAUCACUCAGCCAUGUUCGAUAGCAUUGACUAUGAUAUCCUCCUGGGGCGAUGCAUUGGGAUAGGAGUUGGAGGCACUGUGUUGCAGCGGUUCUACAUAAGGGGUUGUUAUCGGAGAGUAGCACUGAGUGACACGUCUUCAACUUUAUGGCACAUGGGUUGUGAACUGCCAUCAGUAUGCUGAUAACACCCAGGUCUCUCUCUCUCUCUACAAACUGAGUUAGGUGAGGAUGUGCAGGUGCUGAAUCAGUACCUAGGUGCAGUAGUUGGCUGGAUGGGGCCCAAUAAAUUGAAACUGAAUCCUAACAAGAUAGAGGUUUUUGAAGGUGAUUUAGCAUUAUUCUCCCAUCCCCGUUGUUAUCUUCUGAUGCCUUGGACAUAAAAGAUUCACAAAGGCCCUUCUUUCCUUGUACCACAAGGAAAGCUGUCAUCUGCUCCAGCCAGUGUUAGAAACUGGGGUAGAGAAGCUAGGAGCCAAAUGGCUUCUGGGACCUGGGUUGUGGGCACCAAAACAGAAUGUCUAGUCAUCACGGGGUAUGUGAGAGUUGGCAACACUUUUUAUUUAUUAUUUUGAUAAGCAUGAAUUAAUAUGCAAUUCACAUAAUUGACACAUUGUUAAUAUCACUUUUUUGCAGAAAUUGUUAUUACAUGUUUAAUUUGGUGUUUACAAUAAAAAUAUUGGUGCCAUACUUCAGUUUCUCAAAUACUCUACUCUUUAUUGUUAAGCUUCUUAACAUAUUGUCUAUCAACAUAUACUUUGAGACUUCAAAGCACAAACAUUUCAGUAAUCCUUGAGUGUCAGGUGCAAAAAAUGGCACCCAGACUUUUUGAGGUGCUCACAAAUGGAGAAUCUGCUAAUUUUGAACCCCGGCUCCAGUCAGCUUGACCAAUGAUCAGAGAUUAUAGGAGUUAGAAAUCCAAUAACAUCUGGAGGGCCACAGGUUCCUUACUCCAGCCCUAGGCCUUCCAGGUACUAUAGCAAAGAUGAUAUGUUUUCUCAGCCGCAACCAAAUUUUAGAGGCUUGUUCUUCAUCCUGGCCAUCUGGCACUGUGACUUUAAAACAGGCACCCCCAAUCUUCAGCCCUCCAGAUGUUUUGGACUACAAUUCCCAUCAUCCCUGACCACUGGUCCUGUUAGCUAGGGAUCAUGGGAGUUAUAGGCCAAAACAUCUGGAGGGCCACAGGUUGGGGAUGCCUGCUUUAAAAGCUGCAACUGUUGUGUGAAAACACUUUCUAAAUUUUACAGACUUCAUGGUAAAUGAAGUUGUGUGAUUUUAAAAUCUUAAAUUUCUGUACACUGAGAGGGCAUGUUUCUGUUCCUCAGUCUUUGACUCUGGAAAAAUCCUGACUGUUUAGAAUGUGAAGAACCUUUAACACACUUUAUUAACUUUAUAUACAUGUAGAAAUAAUUUCCAAUAGAGUAGAAAUAGAAAUAGCAGUAUCAAUUGACAUUUCUCAACAGUGUAUGUGUUGUUUUCCCCCCUUUUUAACUAUUAACAUACUGUGAGCAAAACUACUAUUCAAAACAAAUGGUCUUGUGUUUGUCAUAUGUACACAUUUUGGGUAUGUUGAGCUAAAAAUGCCAUUUAUCUUUUUAUAUUUGAACUGUAAUAAUAGCAACACUCAGUGCCACAUUUAGUGUGCCCUGCUUCUUGUUGUUCUGCUUUUCUUUGCUCUCAAAUUGCCCAAACACAGCUGGGUUCAUAAGAGGAGAAAAGAAAACAUGAUACUACUGCCAAACAGACAGGAAACUGUAGUAGACCUUGUGAGCAGUGAAGGGUUGAAGCACGCCUUCCGUCCAAUCAGCUGCGAGUUCUGUUGCUAUGUGCACUCUUACUCUGCCUUCUUUGUGGAAAAAAUGUCUUGCACAGAGAGGCUGAAUAUGUAGCCAAAGCUGAACAUUUUUGUGUUAGCCACUGCAGACAUCUGGAUUCCCGAGAUACUGACAGUGUAGCCCAUUUUGCUGCCAGAAGGCAACUACUUUUUCCGCCCGAUUCCAGUAUGGUUUACAGCGGAAACAAAGGGCUGCACAGAGAAGGUGUGUAAAAAGAAAGGAGUAAUUCUUAAAUGUUCUUAAGUUGUUUAUGAUCCCUGACUGUUUUUCUUCUUUUCUCUUCCCUAUUCUGUAUACUUGGUGUUAUAAGCUGCAGUUUGUCCUUUGUCUGCAUGGAAAUCUUACACAUGGAUAAUUUCCUUGUGACAGUUUUAGAACUCACUUGUGGUGAUAAACAAUAAUGAAAAUCAUUUAAUUGUUGAUUCCGAACAAAGGUGGAAAGGAAAAAGGAAGAAAUGAUAUGUGAGAGAGGAACUUACCACUUCACAAAAAAAAGCCACUUCCAGUAGUAGGUAGUGAAAUUUAGUCUGUGUGUGUUUGAUUAUUGAACAGCUCCAUUAUUGAUCACGAAGCUCAUUCAGUUUUAAUGCCAUGAAAAUUAUACUACCAUAUACUAAGUUUAUAUUUUGCAUGGCUUCAUGUUUUCUCUUCCUGUAGUAUUCCAGUAAUACACCUUUUCAAACUAACUAAAGAUUUUCAGAAUAACUUUAAAAGUAUCAGAAUUUUGGGCAUAUCCUCCCUGUUAUAUGGCAUUUUAUACUGGAUAUCAGAGAUGUAUAUUACUUGCCAUAGAAGACCCACUAAUAGCCAGGCAUAAUGCUUGCUUUAUUGUUCACAGUGAAAAUGGAAGACUUGGCUGACAAUGUAUUUCUUUUGUGUGUGCUUUUUGUUCAUAUAGGUCAAAGUUCUUUCAGAACACAAGGAAAUGAUUACAUUAUUCUACUAGUAUAGCUAGUGCUAGUAAAUACAGCAUUAUCCAUCUCUUGCCAUUUGGUUGCAUUGGUCCAAAGAGAGGUUAUAAAAAUAACACCCAGCCAUUUGGCCGUUUUGAGAAGCAAAUUUUAAUGAUACUAAUAAAAAAACCAGUAAUAAUUUGGAAUUAAACAAGGUGGUAUGUACCUUUUUUAAGCUACUGCUCUGCAAAGCAGAUUAACAAAACACUGAAAGCCCCCCACACCAUUUUUCACCAAUGGUGUUGUGAGUCAGAUGAGGUUUUUGAGAAACACAAGAGUCUAAUUGUGACCUGGUAACACAGAUGUUAGUUGUAUUUGGAGCAUCUCUUGAUAGCCUAGAAAGGGAAAACCAUUUGAUUUAUGUGAUCAUGGUGGUAUCUAACAUGCCCUCUGAAGGAAGAAGAAUGUUCUCACUGGGCUCUAUUUAUUUUUUUUUUAUGUCUAGGAAAAUCUUAUGCUUUGCUACGAAAGAAUGUUGCAGCUAGGGAUAGCAAAGGGGACUGAAGGUUCUUUCAGAGUAGCUAUUCUUUAAAGCUAUCCAGCGUAUUUAUAGAUAAAUAAGUUCCAAAACCAAGUUAUCAUCCUGCAAUAGAAAGGGGGCACAGGAGCAUGGAUUUCUCAAGGUUUUUUGGGGGGGGGGGGAGGGAGGUGUUGGGAGGUUCUACAUGUGCAUCAUACACCUGAUUAGUUUCUCUCUCCAUAGAAGACUAUGGUAAAUUUGAGAGGGUGUAGCCCUGGUCACUGCGGACAUGUGCUCAGGUUUGAAGUUCAUUUUGGAAGCUUCAGUGUGCACAAUGAAGAGUUCUGCCCUGCAACAGUUUUCCUGUUCCAUUUAGUGAGUGGGGCAACUCUGCAUGCCCAUUCCUUUGCAUGAACAGAGUUGCCAUUUGACUUCCUUAGAAGAAAGCAAAGUCCACUCACACAGGAGUUCUAUAUGCAUAUUGGAGUGUGCUCAAAUAACUGGGCCAGGCCAUAAUGUUCCCAUAAGCACCCAAUGUUGGUCCAAGAGAUUUUGCCUUGAGGUCAGAAACAUGAUGGCGGACUUUUUUUCAUGUACAAAAGUUAAUGGGACUGAUAGUUGAAUCUUAGGUCAAAGUGGCAAUAGGAUGGUGAUACAGGGUAGGCCACAUUGCAUAUACAUCUCUGUCCUUCGACACUUGCUAUUCCAGCUCCUUGUUCUUUUCCCCCAGUAUGCCGCCUGAGGCAGUUAUCUAAUAGUUGGGCCAGCCCUGAUUUAGCACUUUUUAUAGUGGACUUCUCUAUAAUGUUAUGCUGUCUUGUUUGAAGUUAUCUGUAUCUAUAACAACUUCCUUUAUAUAAACAAACAAAUAAAAAUAAUGUAUGUGUGUGUGUCUUUCUGUUGUGGAACUUCUGGGAGCUUUUACCACUUCUCAAAUUAGUUAUAAAGUCUCAGAAUGACUCAUAUGAAGAAGAAAAAGCUACAAGAAAUUCUCCAUGAAUCAGGCCAGCCAAUUAAAGAUAUUAGAAAGAAACACAAUAGCAGUUUUAUGGCCACCUUAUGGAACAUUGCUCAGUAUAUGCACACUUGUGGUCUAAGGGCACAUGAUGGACUCCUUUGUAGAAGCAAGUUAGGUCUAGGUCUGGUCAGUGCUGAGAUGGGAAAUCCUUACAUAUUGCCUUGCAUUCCAUAAUGGCAAAAAUGCAGGAUAUAAAUAUAAUAAAAUAUGUAAGUACAUUGUACAUGUUUCAUGGGAAAUUAUUUAGAAAUAGAAUAAAUACAUUUUUGAGGAAGGCAAUUUAAAGGUAAAUUCUAUGAUAUAAGGUAAAGGGACCCCAUACCAUUAGGUCCAGUCGUGACCAACUCUGGGGUUGCGUCACUCAUCUCGCUUUAUUGGCCAAGAGAGCUGGUGCACAGCUUCCGGGUCAUGUGGCCACCAUGACUAAGCUGCUUCUGGCGAACCAGAGCAGUGCACAGAAACACCGUUUACCUUCCCGCCGGAGCGGUACCUAUUUAUCAACUUGUACUUUGAUGCGCUUUUGAACUGCUAGGUUGGCAGGAGCAGGGACCGAGCAACGGGAGCUCACCCUGUCGUGGGGAUUCGAACCACCGACCUUCUGAUAGGCAAGCCCUAGGCUCUGUGGUUUAAUCCACAGCGCCACCCGCGUCCCUUUUUAUAAAUUAUAUGAUACAGUAUCCCUUAAAAUAGCCAGACUGAAUGGCAACAAACCCUUGUUUAGUGAUCUGUAUGUAUAUAUGCUCUGUUUCUCACAAACUUUCACAGGGGAUUUCUCCUAAAUGUCAUUGCAAAUCAAUUUAUACUUGCCUUUAUGCAAGCUUAUGCAUUGUAACUGAAAGAAAUGGGCUUGCUAGUUUCAGAAAUUGAUUGAAUCAUGCAGGAUAGAAAUACAAUAAAAUAUAUGAAUUCAAGCUAAAAUAUCUGUAUCUUUUCACAUUUUACACAUAGAUUAUACAAUUUAGGUUUUAUAUAAUUCUCACAGAGUUGGAAGGUAUAUGUAGACCAGGUACAAGGAACUUGUGGCUUUCUAAGUCCCAUCAACCCCACUCAGCAUGGCCAGUGGUCAGGGAUGAUGGGAGUUAGGAGACCAGCAACAUUUGAAAGAACGCAUGCUUUCUGUCUCUGAUGAAGACCAUUCUUUGCUCUAAGGCAGAACAUCUGUAUCUAAACCAUUCAUGGUGGAUGUUUGCCCAAACUUUUCUGGAAAAUCUCCAAGGGAGGAAAUGCUACCAUUUUCCAAUGCAUCUUUUUCUUUUUACAUAAGCUGCAAUAUGAUAGUUCUAGUGGUAAAUUAUCAUGAUGAUUAGGAAUGUCUUUAACAUCCUCUGUAGUUUUUAAAUAAUUUACAUGCCCUUAGUGACCAAUAGGAUAAACUAAAGAUUCCUUGGAAAACUCUGGUAUUGAUGGUAGGUUUGUAGAGAUGUGAUCUGCUUUAUUACCUUGAGGGAAGACCAAGGGUUUCUGCAUCACAUGAGAAAUGCAUAUUUGAGGGUAACAAACCAAUAGUGAACAUGGUACUAGACCUGAGCAAAAUGUUUGUCUGCAUCAUUUGUAGGGCAAAAGGGGGGCUUCUAGGGGAAGAGAAAUUUUUUUUGCAUCUUUUUCUGUUUUCAACAGUUCUUCCUCUCUGCUACCAGUUUCCAUCCAUUCCUGAAUGGUCUCAUUCUGUCACUAUUCAUGCAAUGAGUUUGAUACUACAACACCUUUGUGAUGACAUGAAUCCAGUUCAGAAUGUGGGUAAUGCUUCCCACCGUCACUCCAAUUGAACUAUUUUUCUUCUUCACUUUUUCACAUACCUGCCCUUUGGUCGUGGUCAAAAUGGGAGACUUUUUACCGAAGCUUUAAUCUUUUGCUUCCUACUACUUCUCAAGUCUUGGAAAUUAUUCUCUUGUGUAUAUAAUCUAAAAUGGCAUUAGCCUCAAGUCACUGACCUGUUUCCAGUGUCACAUCAUCUGUUAUGGUUAGCCAGUUACCCUCCCUCUUUUUCCAGUUAUUUUAUUUUAAUGGUUCCUUUCCUCAGAAACCUUUGCAUUUGCUUUAGUUACAUUCUUUUUCUGCUAACUAUGCUGCUUUCUAGACUCUACAUCAUUUGCGAAUUGUGUUUUUACUUUAUUACAUCUAUAACCUGCCUUCUGCCAUGGAGCCCAAGGCAGUGUACUUGUUCCUAGGCGACUGACCCCUCCAAGUGCUGGCAACACCUGGAAAACCACAGGUUCCUCCCAUUUCUGGUUUAGUCCAUUUGGUGAUAGUAUUAUCUUUUCUAUAUAUGACAAGCAUCUUUCCUAUACAAUGUAUAUAUUUAGUUUUAUUACGAACUAUUAGAUCAUAUUGAUAAGAACAUUUUUCAUGUCUUUAGAUAUAGGUUGAGGUAGAUCAUACCUGUUCCAGAAAUAGUCACCUGUAAUGCUUAAUACACGUCCUAUAGUACUGUUCAAUCCAAAGGUAACUAAUUCGAAAAGCAAUUCCCUGAAAACUUGGUAGCAAUUGCUUGAUUUAACUUUGACUCUCUGACUCCUCUACAAAAGGAUUUGCAAGAUGAAAUCUUAAAAUCCCAUGAGGCUCUUUUUCUCUGAUCAUUGUAAUGCCAAGAGUCUUGUAGGAAGAAAAUGUGGCAAAAAUGUGUAGCGAGCACAAGUCUCUUGAAUAGCACACUAAUGAUUGUUAAAAGUGAAUAGAGGCCAGAUAUUUAUUCAUAAUAACCUCUUUGUAAAGAAAACUACUAUGGUGAAGUGUGGGUUUUGUAUUCUUCCAGUUAAGUAUUUUCAAGCAAAUGCUGUGUGCAGAUGUACACAUAAGAGGAGUUGCUGAACUCUUGACAGUGAAUUUGCUACAUGUGACGUGUACCUAAUUCUUUGCCAGAACAAGUUCAGGGGAAACUGUUUCUCUCAGUUUUCAGCAGCAGGCUGUGCUCAGUGCUGAUUGGCUAGGGCUUGUGACAUUUCCCUAUCUCACUGGAGCAGUUUUGCAGUGUUUUAACUUUUGCUGUUGCUAAAGCAAUGGUUAAACUUGAGGUGAUAAAGUACAGGUGGCACUCAGAAUAAUAUUUUAAAGUGGACUUUCUGUCUGAAGCAUGGGCAACAUUAACAGACUUGGCAAUGGAAUCACCAAUAAGUGUGACUGACUUCUUUGGGCAAAAAACCCCCAAAGUUCUAUAUCACAAUAUGUCUACAUGUAUUUCUGUAUACUCUUCUUGGUUUGCAGGUAUGCUAAAAGCAAUUCUCAAAACACUGCCCCAGGUAAGGAUAGUAUGUUCUUAAGCGGCAAGAUUUCAGUUGUAUCUUUGCAGCUUGGGCAGAAUGAGUUGAGUUAUAGAGGUUGUGCCCAGAAAACUUUAAAUAAAAACAGUAAGGUUUCAUGCUGUCUCAAAGAGUUUAUGGUUUGUAAACUGUGGGAGUCGCUACAGUUUUCCACAAGGUAUGAAAAGAUUUAGAAUCCUAUGGAUCAGUAUUACCUCGGUAGUUGCUAUAAAAGACUAAACAAAGAUGUAUAUUUGAGAAAUCUCUUAUUUGAGGAGGGAGAUAAUGCAACUGAUGUGAUACAGUCAAAAGGCUAGGCUCCUGUCAAUAACAUCACUAUCACAUUUUGAUGCUUCUGGACAUUUCUUUUUCAAGGGCAGCAUAAUGUAGAUCACAUUUUAGUAAUCUAGAUGUGAUCAGGGAAUGUGGCAAGAUCAUGGUUCCCACCCCCAUGGAAAGGCUGUGCUUGAUGCAUCAGCUUAAACUGAGCAAAGGUGCUUCUGGACACAGACACUCCCUGUCUGUCUGGGACUAAGGUCAAGACCUGGUGUUCUUGAUCCUUCAGCAUCCUUGAUCCUUCAGGAGGAGUUCCGCCCCCUCUAGAACUGUUUUAGUACCUCUAUCCAGAUCUGCCCUCCCUCCUACCAUCUGUACUUCCAUCUUAUUUGGAUUAAGGUUAAUUUGUUAGGCCACAUCAAGUCCUCAGUUGACCUCAGAUGGAUUCAGAACUGCCACAGUUUCCCUGGAACUAGGUAGAAAGAGUGUGGGUGGAGGAGUGAUGAGCAUGCUGACAACACUGUACUCCAGAUGACCUAAAUAAUUAAAUGAAAGGCUGAGAGAAUAACAAAUGGAACAAGACAAUCCUUCUAGAACCUAAAAGGCCAUUGGUACUACAUUCUGAGAUCCAUCCUCCAGGAACGAUACAGAAGGCACCAUAAAAUUGUGCCACCAAUCCAAGCCAUCAUAUUACCUUGACAAGUCACUCUGUAAAUCCUCCUGCAACUAGAUAUCGUCAUGGUCCCUGGAGAACGUAUUAAAAUUAAAAUCAAUCAAAAGUUGCUUGUAAUGCUGAUUCCAACGUUCUUGUCAUUGGAGUUGUACUUGAAAAAGACCGGACUGAAAAUAGUUGUAUACCAAUCAUUGUGCAGCAAUUUGAGUUGGGCAAACAACUCCCCACCCCGUGUAUGUGCCCUAAGCAACUCCAAUUUUAAUUCAAUAAGUUGUGGAAGCUUUAAAAUUGUGCACGUUAGCUAGAAAGUUACCUAAAACAGUGAAUUGUCAUUUAGCAAGAACUUAGGAGCUAUAAUCAAAAGUUUCUUUGUUUAAAUUGAGCUUCAUGACAGUACGUCUACUGAAUGAUGCUAGCCAUACAAUCUCAAGUACAGUGGUACCUCGGUUUAAGAACAGCCCUGUUUAUGAACUAAUCAGUAUAUGAACUCCGCAAAACCGGAAGUAGUGUUCUGGUUAGCAAACUUUACCUUGAUCUACGAACGGAAGCCGAAAGAUGGAAGGGUACCGACGGCAGGAGGCCUCAUUGGGGAAAGCGCGCCUCGGUUUAAGAACGGCUUUGGUUUAAGAAUGGACUUACGAAACGGAUUAAGUUUGCAAACCGAGGUACCACUGUCCAAGGCUCAGCUACCACUAAAUAGCAGCUUUGAGAUGCAAGAUGCUGCCUCAGAUGGCUGCCAUUUAGCCAACAGUUCAAGGUUCUGGUAUUUGUAUACAAAGUCCUCUACAGCUUGGGACCAGGAAAUCUGCCCCUUGCAGUCUUGCCCCUUCUGUGCCCAGUCACUGUGCUCUGCCAGAGAGGGCCUUCUGCAAAUAUCCCCUCAUCAGGAGAUGUGUUCUGUAUGAUGUAGGAAGUGGGCUUUUAGUGUGGUAACACCUGUCCUUUAGAACAGGGCGAUCCAACUUUUCAUACCAAGUGGGCCAUGAGUACUUUGACUGGGAACCUGUGGACCACACACUGCCUUAUCGCAUGGGGAAGGGGGGAAGCAAGGCCAAAACUUGAUUCCCUUCUCAGUCCCCAUACUGCCUUCCCAAAGAUGGCUAAGUGACGGCUUUGAGAAGGAGGCAUGAGGCUCUGGCAGGGUCCUAGAGCCCUCCGUCCUCCUUCCCUAAGCUGAGAAAGUGCCAACUAGACUUUAGGAAGGAGGCAGGAAGAUUCAAGGACCCUGUCAGAUCCCUCAAAUCUUCCCAAAGCCAGGCAGCACAGGUGUUAGGGGUGCGAGUCAAAUGUUGCCAAGGGCUACCAAAAAAGGCAUUGGGAGCUGCAUGUUGCCCGUGGGCUGUGUGUUGAACCACUCUGCUUUAUAACUUCUUGCCAUUGCCUAUCGGGCAGGUGCUGUCACUCUUAACCUUUCACAAGGGCCACACAUCCCAUUUUACCAUUUGAGGAGGAAUGGGAAGUACCCCACUAGGGCAAGAGGGGCGCCACCUCUAGGACUUCCACUGCUGGAGGCAGCUGCUUCACCCUUUUCAUGGGUGGACCGGUCCUGUUUUUUCAGCACUCAUUGAAAACCAUUUUUCAACAGGAAUUUAGAGGCUUUUUUCCAGUUAGUACCUGUAUUAGAUGAAAUGUUUUUCUUGUUAAAUCACUUUGGGCUGUUUUAUAGGAAGCAAUUAUUGAGCGAAAUAAAUAAUAGUAAAUAGAAAUGCAAAAUAGUGGCUGGGAAAGGGAGCAGGAGCAAGAACGUUGUCAAUUAUUAGCUUUCUCCCUUUCAACUCAACUAAUAUAAUUCCAUUAUUAUUUCUUGUACAACAUUAUUGGGUGCAAAUUUAACACAUUGUGAUUCUGGAAUCUUUGCCUAAUAACCUGUAAUUUGUGGGGAACUGGAAAAGAUAUCAGUAGCCUAGUUUGAUAAACAUGGAUGUGCCUGUUUUGAUUUCUGAAAAUUAUGAUUCAGUGCCUUUUCCAGAUCAACCUCAGGACAGUGGAAUUAAUAUAUUCCACAAGUCAUGAUUAGACAUAAAAUGUGGGUUGUGCUGUAAUUCUCCAUUAUUCAAACAUAGACUCCAAUGCUCCACAGGAGUGGGCUCUUCAGAAUCUAAUCUUAAUCAAUUUUUUUAAAGAAAACAUUCUUUGGUUAGGUUCUGUUUUGGUUUUUUGAAGUAUGCCUUUUUUUAGUUAAGUCUGAAAAUAGAAGCGCUCAGAUUCAAGGUGGCAAAUAGAAAGGCUUCUAAACAUAGUCGUGUGUUUUCAAGUACGUUUAAAAUCUUUUCUAAUGCAGCUGUCGCAGUUUUUACAUUAGAAGUUAAUUCCAGAUUAAAGAGUCAAUUAAAAGCUACCAGCUGUGGUUUGGGCUUCCAUAUAUUCAUGAAAAUGAUAUGCAAACUUCCUGUAUCUUAAUCUUAGAGUAGGCUUUCAACAGAGAACUGCUGAAUGUAUGCCAAGAGGCAUAUUCUAGGGGACCCAUUCUGUUCACACCGGGCCCAGGGUAGUGUGUGACUUAGAGCAUACCUAGCACUCUUCCACAUUGGAAGUGAGUAUCAGUAGUGGUGGGGAAGCUGUAUUUCAUUGUACUUGUCUGCUGUAACUGAUCCGAUUGAGGAACUCCAGAUAAGCAGCUAGGUUUCCAAUGGUGUGAGGGGAGAUAUCAAAAGGCAAGCAGCAACAAUAUAGGAAACUUCCUUAUAGCACGUACUUCAACCAAAACCCAGACUAAAAUGUGUCAAUACACAGGUAAUCUGGUUUCCUUCAAGAAGCUUUUGCAGCAGAACUGCCACUAGCACUUAAAUUCCAAGGAGGGGUUGUAGAAAGGCACCACAAUAUCCUAUGCAGUAGAAUGGAACGCCAGCAAAGUCUUUGUGUAGCUACACUAUCCCCUAAAAACAGAAAGAAAUGACUUGCCAAGUGUGGGUGAGAGAGUGAAAACCUUACUCAUUGAAUAUAUUUCUAAUCUCUUGCAAGAACAUGCCAUCUCAGCCAGCUAUUGGCAUACCACCUGCCCCCCAAAAGCCACAUUCUUCUAAUCAAAGAUAAAUAUAAUAAGGCACAUUUUUCACCAAAGGAAAUUAGUGCUCAAUUUAAUUUAUUUUGAAUUAUAGUGUCAGCAAACUGACUUUUCUUGUGUGGCUGGGGCUGCCACAGUUGAAUGCAGACCAGUUGGUAUUUCUUGCAGGUCCCUUCAUUAAGCAAAUGAAAAAUGAUAAAGAGCCAAGUCUGGAGAAGUUUCCAGUUGAAUGGUAGAAAAGGCAUAUAGCAGUAGCACCAAUAUUACUUUCAGCCUACUGUGGAGCUGUAGAACAGAAGUCUUACCCCUCUCCCUAUAUAAGGCACACAUCUCUUUCUUAAACCAGGCAAAUAUUGUACUUUAUGUUUAAGUUGUCUGCCAAUGUCGCUGAUUAAUGCUGAUAAAAAUUUUACAGCAAUCUGGAGGAUAAGUUAUAGGAGGCGAUAGCAACCCUAAACCACCCAAAUCAGGUGAGAGUUCUAAAACUCAACCUGGGGGUUGAUAAUAUGAUAUUUGUAACUCUGAAUAAAUGUAUGGAUUCCCCUUCAGCACUCAUCUUGCCAGAUGCAGAGAAAGCACUCACUAGAGUACACUGGCCCUUUGCAGACACUAGUGCAUAGAAGGCCUUUGGGUUAGUAUGUUGGGAAAUGUUAAUUUGGGUGGAACUUUACUGUUUGGUACCCACAUUGCGAGUGAUGAUUAAAAGAGUCCUCUCUUCCUUUGCUUUAGAGAUGUAGACUGGGCAAAGCUGCCUUCUUCCAUGUCUUAUUUUUAAAUCUCUGCUUAGAGUCACUGGUUUGUGCAAUCUGUAUGAACCAUUGCAUCAAGGGGAUGUACGUUGGAUGAGAGGAGCACAAGAUUUUCUUAUAUGUAGAUGACAUGCUACUUUCGGAAAGCAUGAUACCUGCCCAAACCACAUGGAUAAUGUGGAUUGCUCUUGAGUUAUAGCAUUAACUGGUCUAAAUCAGAACUCAAGACCUUAAACAAAAUCCUACCCCCAAGCCUCUGUGAUUCCUGGUAAUUUUAUUUGCAUCCUACAGCCUUAACAUACUGGGAAAUUGAAAGGUAAAAGUGGAAAGAAUAGUUGUGUAAGCAAGGUUAGACCUUGACAGGUGGACACAACUGUCUCUGGGACAAGGUCAAUGUAGUCAAAAUAAAUGUUUUGCCUAGCCUUAUUUCUGUUCAGAGAGGCAGUCCUUUAUAUACAUUUCACAGUAAUAUCAGAAGCAUCUCAGUGCUUUAUUUCAUAAAUUUCUUUGGGGCUCUUUCCCCUCCAUGAUUAUCCUCCGGGGGGGGGGGGGGCGGGAAUGCAGUUAACCAAUUGAAGAAGGGUUUUGCAUUCUUGGAACUGGAGCUUACCACAGGGCCAGUGUGUUGGUGGACACUCAAAGGUGUCAAAAAUGGGUACCAACUAAUCUUUUGCCACUAGCAGCCCUAAUGUGUCCCUGUGUGGCCCUCCCCUUUUGGGAUGGGAUACUCUCAGCUCUAUACGCAUCCAGGAGGAUGGUACCCCACUAUCCAUUUUGGCUGCAAGAGAGGUUUUGGGAUAGAUUACCACAGAAGUUUUCUUUUCAUCCCUAUCACCAUGUGAAGCAGACAUCUAGUUGGAAAUACAGGGCUGGCAGUGGGGCUGAUUAUGUCAAGCCAGCUAAUUGGCCAGAAUCUCAUCAAAUGGGAGAGAUCAAUAUAUAUACCGUAUUUUUUGCUCUAUAAGACUCACUUUUUCCCUCCUAAAAAGUAAGGGGAAAUGUGUGUGCGUCUUAUGGAAUGAAUGCAGGCUGCGCAGCUAUCCCAGAAGCCAGAACAGCAAGAGGAAUUGCUGCUUUCACUGCGCAGCAAUCCCUCUUGCUGUUCUGGCUUCUGAGAUUCAGAAUAUUUUUUUUCUUGUUUUCCUCCUCCAAAAACUAGGUGCGUCUUGUGGUCUGGUGCGUCUUAUAGAGCGAAAAAUACGGUACGUCCAGUAUCUGCCAACUAGCAGUGCAGUCAAUUGUAACGUUGCUUGACUUCUCUCAUUGUAUUUGAAUAUUCUGAUAUCUGUAGGAUCUGGUUCCCUCAGUCCAUCAUCCGAAACCUGCAAUUUAUGUUAAGCUAUGUUGGUUAAGACCAGUAUUUGAUGUGCAGAGGUUAAGAUAGGUGUGGCACAGGGUGGAGAGGUUUUAUGGUGAGCAAUAUGGAAAUGUUAUGGACCACAACAACUUCCUCCACCCUCCCCUGUAGCCAAGGUUGAUGUUGCACCGAGUACUUGGGUGGGCAAAGCUGAAUCAGAUCAGCUCCACCCAGCCCAUCCAUCCACAUCAGCUUCCUCAUCUAUAUAAAAAUGUCACAGAUGAGCAAGAUCUUGCUAUGAAUUGGCCUGGCAUUUGAAAGCAAUAUCACCUUGCCAUAGAUGCUGCAACCCAGAUACCUGUGAGAUACAGAUAGGGCUGGUAGAAGAGACACUUUGUAGUCAUCUAGACCUUCCCAUACCUAUGUCCAGUUGCUGUACCUGUAGGCCUCCCUGUCCUACAACCACAGACCUCCACUGCAACAAGGCUAUAGGAAAGCAGAACCCAAAUGUUGCUUUAGCAACAAACUUAAGUUUGAGCCCCGUAUAAGAGCAGCAGAUUUGAGUCAGUUGGCCCAGUUGCAAACUCUUCAGAGACAACCACGUGCCUUUUCAGUUAAAAGGUUUCAGCCCACUCUAGCAGGCUUUUUGUCUGAUGGAGCAGGGGAGGCUCAGGUUGUACUGGGGCUUCUGGGAUUGAGUCCUCUAUCACAAUGACAUGCAUAGGCUAGGUUUGUAGAAGUGCUUCCAUGGCCUUGUAUGCAAUUACAUCUGACUGAUUACUCUACCUUACCCCCUGAAGAAAGGGAAUCUGACCCUUCUACUACCUCUACCCAGGUACAUCCUGAAUACCCAGAACCCUGGAUAACGACCCUCCCAAAAGAAAUGCCUCCAACACUGGCACCCGUUCCGUAAUCAUCCAUUAUGUAUUCUGAGUAUGUGUCCAUGAAUAGCUUCCAUCCUCUCCCUAGGUCACUCCACCUUUUACUGAGAACUGGGUUAAGUGCAUUCCUCCCCUUUUUGGUUGUUUCUGCCUCUCACCCAGGAAUCAGACUGAUGAGACACAGGGGAUUGAUGCCCUCAUCCUUUGUGGCUUCUUUGGUGGUACUGCUACUGUUGUUGGGCCUGCUAUUCUUUUAAGCCCUUGUCCCAAGAAGCUAAUGCAAAUCAGGAGCUGCUGUACUGCAGCUCCUAUCAGUUCCAUCCAGCACACAUGAAUAAUGGCAUGGGAUGAUCAGUUUUGUAGUUCAGCAACAUCUAGAUGGCCAAAAGUUUCCCAUACCUGAGCUAGAGGCUUCUAGGGAACAAGGCACUGGAAUCCAUUUUACCCCAGUAUGUUGUAUUUUUUCCUCAGUAUUAAGCCUUGAGAAACAAGCAUAGUAUGGAGGGGAGCGAAGCAGCAGCACACGCAAAACAAGAGGUUCCCACUGUCAGCAGAAUCUGUAGUCAUCAAAUCUGUUCCUAUGUUCAGAGUCUUAUGUGUAAGAAUGUGAUGAUGUAGAACAGCCUUGCAUCUAGGCCCAACCUGAUAGUCAUAGGAAAGCAGUCAUUGGCAGCAAAAGACCUAAAAGAAAAAGACUUAGGCCAUUGUCUGCGUUAAUAUUAAUUCAAUCCAAUUUUUAUAUGAAACCUUUUGAGUAGUUUCUUGAGUAGUUAUUAGGAACAGAGGCCCCCCAAUGUUAAUGCUUCCUUAUUAAAUCUGAUAUCAGCAUUGUUCCUGGGUCUCCUUUCCUUUUCCCUAUUCAGGGCUGGAAGAAUGCAGCACUUGAUUAGAAAAGCCAUGCAGCUGUUAAACUGUUUUGAUUGCAAGGGAGUGGGGGUGGGACUAAUGCUGAAGUUGUAUAUUUUGAGCUGUGAAUCCUGGCCCUCAAAAAAUAUGUUCUAAGAAUACACAGUACAGGCUGUUACAAAAUACACAUGCAACAAUAACCUCCCCUCAGAAGAGGCUUGCAACUGGGAUAACUCCCUGGGUUAACGGGUGAAACUAGGUCAGAGCUGUGCGAAUAUACCAUGGGAGAUCAGCCUGCACAUUCUGUGGCUCCAGAUAAUGCUAUAUUUCAUGCAAUUAUCUCCUUUUAAGUACUGUUUCAUGUACUCUUGUGUGUCUGUGUGUUUACAAUCUGGAUUUUAGGGUUUUGGGUUGCAAAUCACACCGUGUCCUCUUUGGAGUUAAAUUGUUGCAAUAAACAAAUGCUAUAAAUAAGUAUAAACAGUGCUUUUUCCUGGGAGGACGCAGGGGUACACAUACCCCUAAACAUUUUGUGAAUCUAAGUUUGGCCUCAUUGUGGGGCAGUAUUUCAAUAUGAGUAGGAAAAUGAGAGUACCCCUAAACAUUUUUUUUUAAAGAAAAAAAGCACUGAGUAUACAUUCACCAAAUGUAUGAGUCGUUGACCACUGGUUAAAUGAUACUUAUGUAAAGGACUCCCUUGUCUGUUAGUUUGAUGUUUAUGCACAUUAGUAUUCUGUUCUCAGUAUGUUUACCUGACGGCAGCUCCAUUGACUCCUGGGACAGUCAAGUAGAUAUGCUUAAAGUUUCUGCCAUAUAUGGGUUAACAUUUUAGCCAUAUAUAUAUCUAUAUAUAAACCAUGGAAAGACUAUAACUUUCACCUAAUCAAGAAAGUAAAAGUUGUUCUUAGAAUCAAAUCGAUAAAAUUUCUGUGGGAAUAUUUUACCACCUGCUUAAAAACUGGAUCUGUAAUACAGUUCCGUAAAACAUACUGUACUGAAAACACUCUAUCCUGGGAUAUGAGCUUAAGCUGUGCUGACUUUGAACUUGUGUAUGUUUACUGAUAGUCUAAAGUUACAGAAUUUAAAAUAGACCUUCUCAAGUUUCAUUAGUUGUAGCUGAUCACUCUGUCGGGGACUCAACGUGUCUGAUGACCUGAUUACAAAACAUAGGUAUUUUACCAAAGCUGAGCUCACAACCAGUGCCUUCCAAGGUUGAAUCUCUUGCAAUGUUAUCCAAUACCCUCUUCUGCCCAUUGAACUUCUUUAUGAAAUCCACCUCAAUUUCCAAGUACUGUCGAGGGAGUAUAUUGUCAAAUUGUUGCCCUUUGUUUUAAAUGUUGUGAUAUUUUUCAUAGAGCUUUGUUUUCAUGGAAAGUUUUUAAAAACACUCUUUUGGCAAGUGCCUGAUUGGGUGGGUAUCUGCAUGAAUCUCUAAUAACUCCAUUGUAUAACUGCUAGCAAAAGACAGAGGCAUUGGGCAAGUUCUAGCUUUACUCAUUUGCAAACUAUUUUAUAUUCUGAAUUAUUUUGAACCAGAAUAAUCGCCUGACAAAAUCCCAACAUGUAAAUAUUGCAAAGUAUGUGAAUUUGUUUAGUUAGUUGGACUAUGGUAGUUGCCUUUGUACUAUAAAUCUCUGUAAGAUCCCACUGCCUUGAUCAUAAUUGUGACAAUGCUUAUGCUACCUUUGUAUUAGAAUGUCCUGCUGUUGUUUAUACCGGCAGGUGGAAAAAAAUAUUUUCUUUUUAUGACUAUAAUUGGCAUGUUUGAUUGAAGCUUAGAAAAUCACGGGUUCUUGAAAUAAUCAAUAGUUAUUUUACAAGUCCUGUUGAAUUGCUGAGACCUGUUUGUGAUUUAGAUCUUGCUAAAUAGAAAUGUCAAUUUUAGUAUCUUAGAGUGUGCAUGUCAUCUUGGACAAAGCUUGACUUAAUAUUUGUUGUAAUUGGAACCAAAGGGGUGUUAGCUGAGAAUGUUAUGUGUUGUUGAGGUAUAUAGCAAUUCCUUGUUUUGGGUAUCAUCCUAUUUUGAACACCAGCUUUAAUUUUUUUAUGUUGCAUGAGGGCCCCUACGGACCGGUAUUUUUUUGACGGGUGUAUUCUGCAACAUGUCAUUGAUGCAAUAAUAGUGCAUUAGUGGUAGUUUUAUACUAUGCUGUUCAUACAUCAUUCCACUUGAUUAUUUCUGCAAUACUUCCUCAAUAUUCCUGCAUUAUUGCUAUCUGGAGGGCCACUCUUGCAUUGUAGUGUAACAGAAGCAGGGGACACACACACACCUGGAAAAAAACAACAGUGGUAUGGACAAUUGGAGGAUUUCACCAGUUGAAAACAAAGCAGUAUGACCACCCCAAAACUUUUGUAGGCACAGUCAGUAUUGAAAAUGGCAUUGUCUUCCAGCCACCCCAAUAUUACCCUGAAUACAAAUAAUCAUGAAGACACAAUUCAAAGGUUUUUUGGGGGGCAGGUGGACUUGGUUCAUCCCUCUCUCUUUCCCCCACAAAGUCACUCAAAGGGAAAUGGAUUUGUCCAAUUGUACCAGCAUAUUUUAUUUUCUGUACCUUGAUGUUAUGGAAGCUGCUUGCUUUUGACAUUAAUGAAUAACAUGGUGUUGUAAAAAUGGGCAAAACGUAUAUUUUUGUCUCAUUUUGUCUCACAGUUGCUAGGGGAGGCACCAGCUCCUUUCUAAAUUCCUUCAGUCCAAACUUGUUCUACAUAAAUGGUAGAACAAAAAUUGGAAGGCCACUUCCUAUGUUCUAGUUGUGAGUUUCCAUACAGUCAAUGAAUUCCUGGCUUACCAUUCAGAGAUUCUGUCCGUUUAAAAACUUCACUAGUUAUAGGGUCAGUCUUGAUGAUACCCAUGGAUCCUUUCCAAAUCUUUGAUCCUGUAUUUGUGAGUUAAGAACCUGUAAGAGGAAACCUGCUGAAGCAGUCAAACUAGUUCCUUUGUUAAGAUAAUGGCCUUAGCAGCUCAGCUAAGUACCUGUUCGUAGCAUCUUAAAGAGCUAGCCCACCUAACCUAGCUGGGUGUCACAUCUUCCUAGGAUGAAGAACAAUAGCCAGAGGCUUGUCUUGAUCUGCAUGGGACCCAAAGCUGUAGCUCCUGGGUUCUUGGAAACCUAAUAGGGAGGCAAUAUCUGUUGAAAUGUUGUGAGCUCUUCCAUUGUAUGCUCAGGUUGUAUAUGUGUGUAAAUAAAACCAUAUAUCCUAAAGAAACCUCAGUCUUCAUUGACUAUUCCAAGGAAACAGAACACUAGAAAGGCACAAGCAAAUUUGAAGUCUUUUGCUGCUCUGGUCUCCUUUCUUACAUUCCUCUCCCCUGAAACUAAAUUCUAGAACAUCUCUUGAACAAAGUUUCAGCCUUCAGCUAUAGGUUUCAGUAAACUUACCUCGGUUGUUGAGUAACUAUUCAAAUGCCUGAGUUUCUAAAACCUGAACUACUGUUUUGGGUUUCCUCCUUGUUGCUCAAUGUUUUCUAAAGAUGCAAGUCUUAAAACAUUUCCUUAUAUAAGUUAAAUGGAAAUAGGGUUGUUGGUGUUUUUUUUUUUUGCUAUUUACUCUGCUUAACCUUUGGUAAUUCAGCUAAAGUGGGUGGUAGAUGGGUUUGUUCUUUGCUGUAACUAAACCAUUGUGAAACAUAAACUUACAUUUUAAACGUUGUAAUCUUUAAAAAUGCUUGGACACAGUACCACUGAAGCAGAAUGCAAAUGAGGCCUGCAGUUUUUCACAAUGGGGAGUUCUGUGAUAGAAGCAUAAAACAAGGGAAUUUGUUACAUUAUGCAUCUGCUGGAAUCAAGUAAGUGUAAUUUAUGAAGAGCACUGCCAGCUGCUGCUUUAUCUACUGAGAGUUGGUGAAUUUUAAUUCUUUAUACUAGUUUAGACUGGACUUGUGCUGUAACAAUGCGUAUUCUGUGUGCUCCUUGUAAAUCUUGCUUGGCACAAGAGGUGUCCAUUAUUCAAAGCUGCUUUUUAAAAAUUCUUCUGUAAUAUAGGAGUGGAAGCCCUUCAAAACUUAUCCAAAAGUAAUUUUUUAAAGCUGAUGUACUGAUUCUUGCCCAGUGAAUAUUCAUUAUUUAGUCUAAUGCUUUCUGCCCCCCCAGACUUAACAUGGAACUAGGGAUGGUGAAGAAAUUAGAUUUUAUUUACAUUUUAAUGAGAAACUAUCUAAUUUUCACUUCUCAAACCAACACACAAAUCAAAACACUGGUGUCUUUUGAGAUUUGAAUUUAUCCGAAUUUUGCAAAGUAAUUAUUCAAUAAAACAAUAUGUACAAUAAUGCACAUACAGGCAAACCCCCCCAUUUCUGCAUGUUCAAUAUGUGCGUGACCGCGCAUUGCACCGAACCUGGAAGUGACCUGAAAACAUCACAAAAAUAUCACAAAAAGUGGUGGGACAGAAUGGGGUGUUUGCAGGCUUUUUCAGUUGUGCUUCAAUUAUACAUGAUUACACUGACAUUUUUGUAUACCGCCCUGGAAUCUUUUGAUGAAGAAAAAAGACAGAUUGUAAACAAACUGAUACAAAUACAAAUCUCCAGUCUGUGGAAUUAAUGCUUCUGUAAAACUUAGUACAGUAGUAUUUAUUGAGCCUAGGUUUUUAACAAUGUAACUUGCUGCACUUUACUGUGCAGAGAUAGUUCUCUAAAUUUAUAAAACUUUGCUCAAAAACAGGGUGGAUUUGAUUUAAAUCAAAUCAGUUUAAAUCAUGAUUUAAAUCGCUAGCCAGUAAGACUUGAUUUAAAUUACUGGUCAGUAAGACUUGAUUUCAACAAUUUUUUUUACAGAAAGAUUCAUUCUUGCUGGUAUAAUCUUAAUAUUUACAACCAGAUAAAGGUUUCAUUUUUGGAAUAAUAAAUUUUCAGAGUAGUUUUUACCGUUAUAUCAAACAACACUGAUUUGGUUAUACUAUUAGAAAUACAUAAGACAGAUAAUUAUGAAAUUAUUGUGAGGUUUAAUAAGUUAAUUGUUUAUAUUUGGACAACUUUUCUGCUGUACUUUAUUGGAAGGAGAAAAAUAAUCAUUUCCUUAAUAACGAUUUAAACAAUUUAUUUAACUAAAGCAAUAACAUUAUAGCAUAUGUAUUGAUGUUUGUUAACUGAUGUGGUUAAACUUUAAAAAAAACACAACUUAGUACACAUAAAAAACUUAAAACAAAUCCUUAUUUCCUGAUGAAUAGCCUUUGGACUAUAAUGUAACCUAAAUAGAAAACUUUCUUUACAAAGAUUUUUCUUCCCAAAGCAUUUUGUUUUAAAAAUCCGAUUUAAUUAUUUUAAAAAAUCUAAUUUAAAUUUUAAAAAUCUAAUUUACUGUAAAUAAAAAAAUCUGAUUUUUUUGAUUUUUUAAAAAAUCUUUUAUUUUUAUCCACCCUGCUCAAAAAGCAGAAUUGAACAAGGGAAAAGUUAACAUUGAAAGGUUUCAUCAAGCAAAGUGAGAUUGGUUUCUAAAGCAAAACUUUCCCUCAUGAAAUGGUAAGAUGACAUAAAAUCCAAGGGUAUCAUAGUCACACAUUCCAUGCCUCUCAAAUGUAAGAAGCAAAGGCAGUUUUCAGGAGAAGUUAUAAAAUUGUGCUUGUUUUUCAAACUUGCCAUGUGUUACUAAAAUAAAUUUUGCUGUUCCUGGCUAGAAGGGGUUGGGUUUUUUGCCACUUCAAUUUAAUCCAGCAAAAUAUAGUAAUUUUUUUGAGGGAUCAGAAAUACCAGGUUUCAGUAAAAGUUCUUCAGAGAAACCUCUUGAAGUAUAUACUUCUUUGAAACAUUUUUAGGAACAAAAGAUUUUAAAACAUUCAUAAUAAAAAUCAUUGUAAACGAGUGGGGGCUGAGCAGCAGACUAUUUGCUGUGCUGAGUGCUCCUGUUCAGAGUCCCAAAAAUGCCAUUCCACCCCCCCCAUGUUCCUUUUAAUUUUAUUCAUUAGUCAGCAUUUUGUACCAACUGAUUGGGUUUGGUCUUGUUGACCUGCUUUGGGUUUCUUCUCCAUUUUGGGAUCUUUUUAAAGGGUAUUUGUGGUUUCUCUUUGGUGUCUAUGGGCAGCCCUCUCUUCUGCCCCCAAGAUGAUUUUAUAAUAACUUCUUAGUAUAUACCAAGAAAUGAACUAUCCAGGUGAUGAGAUUCUUUAAAAUCUGCAUUUCUAUAUCUUUGUGUCCCUUCCUCCUUUUCUGCCCUACUUGUCACCUGGUUGUCUUGCCCCUCCUUUCAAUCUCUCAGUUUAAUGUCAAUGAGUUUGGGCUGAUUUGUGAAUUUUACUGCUCUCCACCUUAGUUUUCCCUCCCAUUAGUUCCCAUCUGCACACCUUAGCAUUAUUCAGAAUAUUCUGAUAGCCACUGUUGUGCAUAUGCAAGCAUGAGAAGACUGAAAAUUUAGAUGGCAGAAAUGAUAUUGUGGGAACUAUUUCAUACAGCUGUACAAAUUUCAUUUUUUACAUUGGCCCUGUAUACUUCCCUGUCAGUCCAGCGGAAAGGCUGCUUCUGUGUAGCCAAUCAGCACUGGAAUACAGAAAGUUGCCUGGCCUUUGUUGGAACUAGUGGCAAAAUUUAGAAGGACGUUUAGAAUACAAUUUCUGAUUUUGUGAUGUGCAAAAAGAGUGUUAUGUUCCAGUUUGAUGAUGAAGUUUGCAUACUAUAAUUUUAAAAUUAAAAAUAUGAUUGAAUUUUGUCAAAGUAAAGUGUGUGUAUGUAACAAAAAAUAGGUUUUGAACUAUUAUGCAUAUUGGUAUUCUUAUAUAAGUGGAUGUUUUGGUCUCUCUUAGACACUCUGGACGAAUACUUCGAAUAUGAAGCAGAGGAAUUCCUCGUCAACUUAGCCUUGCUGAUUACUGAAGGUAGAACACCAGAAUAUUCUGUGAAGGGUAGGACCGAAGGCUUCCACUGCCCUCCAGCGCAAUCAAGUCAGCCCGUAACAACUAAACAUGAAUGCAGUGACAAAUUGGCCCAGGUAUAAUGAUCAAUAGACUCUUCUACUGUUUAAAGUAGUUCUUCCCAUAAAUUAAAUUGCAAAUGGUGUAUAGUACUGUGUGUGUUGUAUUUAAUGCCUUAAAAAGACCACCUAUAUAGUAAAAUGACACUUUGCUUAAGUCUUAUCAGUGUUUGUCAUUCAAUAAAAUGCUAGAAUCCCUAGUUUUCUUAAAGCACAAUAGUCAACUAUUGGUUGGUGUUCUGAUAAGGUUUAUCCGUUUUAACCACUGGUGGGACUUGUAGAUGUUGCAUUCUAUGCAGAAUCUUUUGAUUAGGGAAUAAACUGUUCUAAUGUCCUAACGUUCAAAUAGUUAAGAGGCUGUAGAAUAUCAGGAACUGAAGGAGUACCAAAAAUCAAAUAUACAGUGGAGAUAUACAAUGGCCAUGUUGUUGAGCAAAUAUGACUGUAUUCCUAAUGCUUUUGAGUUCAGCGCUUAUCAUUUAUUGGAUAUGAGCUAGUUUAAUCACUUUUUAAAAACUUAAGCAAGUCAUUGAAUUUAGAAAGCUGUAGCGUUUGAUUCUGGCCAUGUUACCCUCUUGGGUACUGUUGGCCAUAGAAACUUGCAUGCUUUAAUCAAGGAUGAAGUGGAAACUGGAUGAAUUGGAAAUAGCUCAAGAAGAGCUUUGCCAAGCUGUGUCACCUUUUCAAAAACGCAUUAUAAACUUUGUAUCUUACAGAAGUGCGUCUUGUACAUAAGAAGCAGAUUUAAAUCUAAUAUACUGCUUUCUCAUAUUUUUUUCAAGUGUCGUCAAGCUAGGCGCACUAGGUCCGAGGUUACGUUGUUGUGGAAGAACAAUAUUCCGAUCAUGAUAGAAGUUAUGCUACUUCCAGACUGUUGUUAUAGUGAUGAAGGGUCUACUACAGAAGGAAAUGACUUAAAUGACCCUGCAAUCAAGCAAGAUGCAUUGUUACUAGAAAGGUGGAUUUUGGAGCCAGUUCCACGACAGUAAGUUUAUAUAUGAGGGUUGGGGAAAUACAUAAUAUAAUAGAAUCUUAAGUCUACAACAAGCUAGUGUGUAUGUUUUCAUUUAUUUGGUUUGGGCAUUAGUUACAUUUUGUCAGAUUGUUUCUUUUGAAACAUUUUGUCAGAUUGUUUCUUUUGAAAAUAUUAAAUUGAAGUUGAUUUUUACUUUUCUGUAAUUUUACAUACUCAUUGACUUUGCAAAUAGUGCAUUCCAGCUUUGUGUGCUAAUGGAUUGUGAGUAAUUAGAAUAGAUUUCAGUGAAUCCACAAGGCUCUCUAUUCUUGAUGAGACUGUAUGCUUAAUUUCUUACCUUAGUUUUUAAUUACAUAUUUUGUACCAGUAGGUACAGUAGAAGUUGGAAAGCAGGCUUGAUUUUGCUACUCAUAACUAUUGGCUUUUAAUAAUUCUGAUUCCUUGUGCAGUUCUUGCAAGAUGCAAAAGAAUCCCUUUAUGAAGGGAAUUAUUGUAGCAAAAGUGUGAAUGGGAGGGUAUUUUCACUCUUUUUGGAUAAUCUAAUCAAAGCCAAACUAACGCUUUGCUUUCUUUUCCAUAUAAUGUUUUUUAAUCAACAGAUGUUUGUUUAUAUUUUAUGUAUUUUUAGAAGUGGUGAUCGAUUCAUUGAAGAGAAGACCCUCCUGUUGGCUGUCCGCUCUUUUGUGUUCUUUUCUCAGUUAAGUGCUUGGCUGAGUGUAUCACAUGGAGCAGUCCCUCGUAAUAUACUCUACAGGUAGGCCUUAAUGAGACAUUACCUCUCACUUAGCAGACAUCUGGUGAUUAGAGAGAAGCAAUGAUUUUUCCAGUUGUGUUUCUUCGUAUGACCUAGUUUGGGAUAAAAUUGAGGUUCUUUAUUUAAAGAAAAUAUAUGUCUGCUGAGAGCUGAGAAACCCUCUCCCCACGACUAUAUUGGAUUGUGUAAAAAGAAUUGGUUUGCAUUUAAAAUCCCAUAUGUUUUCUAAUUUUUCAGAGUAAGUGCAGCACAUGUGGAUCUUCAGUGGACAUUUUCCCAGACCCCAACUGAGCAUUUUUUCCCUGUUCCCAACGUUUCUCACAACGUGGCCUUGAAAGUCAGUGUCCAGUCUUUGCCUAGACAAUCUAACUAUCCAGUCCUGACCUGCAGUAUUCACACCAACCUUGGAUUUUAUGAAAAGGGGAUAGAGGAUCAUAAUGUACAUCAGCACUGUGAUUCCAUCAAGGCAGAGCAAUGCACUGUGCCCACCUCACAGCGUGCUUGUGGCAGAAUAAUGAGGACUGAAGGUUUGCUUGGUGUGAGAAAAGGCCCUGAGUUUAGUACAGCUGUUAAAAAUAUGAAACUUUACCCACCAACUGGGCCUGUGUCUGACUUUGGGGCAUCAGAGUCUAAAGUUCAGUGCUACACGGCUUCUGUUGACAGCAAGAGAUUACCGCAGGAACCGUCAGAGAGAGUGUUAAAAUCAAUUUGUUUAGCUGACUCCCACGUACAUAAUGGCUACUCUUCCCGCCAGACAUUAGGAGAGUCUAUUCCUUUGAUAGGCUGCUUACUCCAAGAGCGGCAUGAAGUUAUAGCAAGAAUUGCCCAACAUCUGAUUCACUGUGAUCCAGCAACGUCGCCCACCAUAGGGCGGCCAUUCAACACAAAUGAUGCAGGUUUGGUUAACUCAAAAGUUGCACGUUGUGCGUAUGAAGAGGAGGGCUUGCAGAAGAAAGGAAGAGAAUUGUUCUCUUCUUCUACUGCUAAUUCAGAACUUCCUUCAUCAGAAAAUAGCAAUGUUGGAAAACCUCGAAUAAUACCAGAAACACCAUUGUCUGAUGCCUAUGUUCCAAUGAACCAGUGCUCUCGCCAAACUGUAGAGGAAACUAACCCUCUGAUAAGCUCCUUACUUCAAGAGCGGCAGGAGGUCAUAGCAAGGAUUGCCCAACACCUGAUUCACUGUGAUCCACCCAUGUCUCAUGUUAGUCAUCCAGUGUUUAAUGUCCAUGAAAUUAGUUCAGUUAAUCCAAAGACUUUUCACACUUCCUGUGAAGAGGACGGCCUACUGAAGAAAGGAAAGGGAAUAUUUUCGGAUUCCUUCUCUAGUUCAAAAUUGACUUUCUUGGAAGACAACCAAAAAACAAGAGGUAAAACACCAGCAACCCCUUUGAAUUCAUUUAGAUAUGAUGUUGAAAUGAAGUUAUCUCCAAAAUCCCAAGCAAGAAGAAAACUCCUGCUAGCAGAGCCUAAUGAAGUAGUCCAAAACACAUUUCAGCCGUCUCCUGUCAAUAGAAAUAAAAGUCCAUUAACCUAUACAAACCAAUCAUGUAGCAAAGAAGAUUAUAAAUCUGAACUGGCAGAUAAAUUAGAAUCUGUGAUUUCUGGUUGUUCCCAUAAAUCUCAAGUAGUAAAGAAAGGUAUUGCCAAGCAAUGUUCUGAUUUCAGAAGCACUGAUGAAGUAGUUUGCACAGAUAAACAUAAGGACAAAACAAUCACUAGCGAAAACAACAUCCCAGACUGUUCAAAUCCACCGUGGGAUCAGUCCAAAAUACCUGAAAAUAUAAAAGUGACUGUAACACAGGCACCUGAUAGUUUGCACAGAAAUGAACUUAAGCGCUUAAACAAAGACUCUAAGCAACCAAAUAUUUGUGAACAAAGCUCCCAACUGACUAGUAUUGAAAAUUAUUUACAUAGAGAUCAUGAAAGUUUCAAAUGCAAGAAUAAACAAGACAAAGUGAAAAAUGAACACGAUGAGAAUGAAGACCCAACAGACUAUGAAGUUCAAAAACGUUCUCAGAAGAAGCUGGUUGAAGAAGGCUCAGUGGCUUUGUUUGAACAAAAGAAGAAUGCAGAGAUGCUGGUGGGUGUUAGCUGACUUGCAAGUUUUUUUGUUUUUUUAAAAACAUAUCCAACUACUCAUACGUUUAAUUUCUGUCAUACUUGGCCCCACUAUAAAGUGCUGAAGGUGACACUUUCAAUGUUUUGUAGGUCAACUUAAAUCCUUAUAGUUGACAGUACUUCAGUCAAAAGCACAUUCAUGCUGUACCCUUGCAUGUGAUGUUGAAUGUCUGUAGAUUCUUUAUAAUCUUUGCUAAUAAUGCACUUAUGUACCAAAACUCUGAUUGCCUGCUGUGGCUUAUUCUAUCUAGAAGAUUAUCUAUUUUUCCAAAACAUUAUGUUGCUCUAAAACAGAAGCUGUUUUAAUUCCCAAGUGAAAGCACCUUGAUUCCAUUGUAUCCCUUAAUUUUGAUACGGCUACCCUAGCAUCAGUGCUCCAUAAUGCAUGCUUGAUUCUACAAAUAAACAAUGCCUGUUUGUGCAGUAGUGCAAGUAAAAAACAAGUCAGCAUGCAGUAUCUACUUUGAUUGGAAUGCAAGUGAGCUGCUCUGUGAACUGUAAUUUGACAAUUUAGCUGUUUGAACUGAGCUGUAAUCUUAAAAUGAGCUGCUGAAGGCACAUCCACAAGGGAGCUUUCUUAGGCUUUCAGUCUGGUUCUUUAGUUCUAAAUCAGAAACAUGGAGAUAGGCCCUUCUUUAGCCCAAAGCAAGGAACUUGUUGUUGGAGAAUCCCUUAAUGCAGGAACCCCCAACCCUCAGCCCUCCAGAUGUUUAGGUCUACAACUCCGAUGAUCCCUAGCUAACAGGACCAGUGGUCAGGGAUGAUGGGAAUUGUAGUCCAAAACAUCUGGAGGGCCGAAGGUUGGGGAUGCCUGCCUUAAUGGGAUUUCUACUGUUGUUGUACUGUAGAUGCUACCUGCAUUGAUUUGCCAUUGCUCCCGAUGUAUGACAUUUGCCAUAUGUCUGUAGCCCUGACAUAUGGAGAACCAGCAUGGAGUAAGUUGCACUUGUCACUUCCUUACGAAUUUUGGAAGCUCAGUAUACUUAGGAUGAUACAUUGUCCCUGAGAAAUCACCUGUGCAAAUAUAAUUUAAAAUGUGCAAGAGAACUGAACUUGAUAGGUUUCCUAUUUAUAACUGAUUGUUUUUCCUCUGCGGACAGCGCACAGCACCACUCAAACAUGUGUUGCAUAGGAACAAUUUUCACCAUUUGGUUGGGACUUCUACGAAGGCUUUCCAUCCUCGAACUGGAUUGCCUCUACUUUCAAGUCCUGUAAGUUGCCGUUACAUAGUUUUGUUAUGUUUCAUAAUAAUAUUUUAAAAACACAGGAGGUGCUGCAUUUUAGAUACUUUGCCUGCAAAUUAUUUUUACUCCAUGUUAAGGCAUUUACCUAUUAAAAUAUUUAUACGUAGAAACAAAGCAAUAAAUUAGAAAAAGCUAGCCUCAGUUGGUGGGUGGGAGAUAACAAUUAUAGUAGUCUCUACUAUAGUAGUCUCUUCUAUACUAUAGUUUCAGAGUGCAAAUGAAAGCAUUAUGAAAUGACCAAAAAAGGAUCAGAAUUUAGACUGCAUAAUUUUAGCUCACAUGGACUGCUGCUGCCUCAUAACCCACCUUUCUCCCUGACAGGGACUCAUGACAGCUGACAGAUAAAAGAAGAACAGCUAAACACACAGGGGGGAAAUUGUUAAAAAACAAUUAUAUAUCUAUAUAUUGUAUAUUUACAAUCUGUUAAAAACAUAUAGACAAUCACAACAAAGACAGCAUGGCACCCACCCUAUCAUUUAAAACAGUCAGUUCCCAAAAGCCUGUUGGAGCAAGAAGGUCUUCACUUUCUGGUGAAAGGACAUCAAGAAGGAAGCCUGUCUUAGCUUCCCUAGGGAGAGGGUUCCAAAGUCUGGGGGCAGCGACUGAGAAGACACUGGAUAGACCCUAGUUCUGAUCCAGAGAUAGCACUACCAAAAACAAAAAAAAGCAUCUUCCCACAAAAUGAAUUGUCAAUGCAAUCAGCUUAGAUAGCAUUGAUUGCCUGCUGGGAAAGGAGAAAACUUGAAUGGGUCGUUUUCCUCCCAUACAAAUUACUGUCAGUGAUAGUAUCAUAGUAACUUGUUGAACAAAAUGCACACAACAUUGGGUCAUUGUGUGUGUGCAACCCCAGACACUGGAUGUAGGAGAUAUUUCCUUUUAUUCUUUUUUUGCAUGCUACUUUUUUGCUUAAACAGGAUCUCAUCCAAAAAGAUAAGCUUCACACAGAUAAUACUUCUUGGUUCAGCAUUAUUAAUAAUACCUAUACCAUGAGGUCCCCGGGUGGGUUACAACAAUUCAAAAGCAAAAUAUUAAAAAAUGGUUACAAUAGAUUAAAGUCAAGGAAAUUGGAGCUUUCUGUUGCACAUUUAGUGCUGUUGUUAGCUUAACUCUAUAUAUAAUUUUAGAUUUAACUACAUAAUGUUAGAUUUAGAUUGCACUCUGAUUUGUGUUUGAAUUUGCACGUACUGCUUACGUGCGUUGUUGGCAAUUAAUUUAAAUCGAGAAAGCCUAUCUGCAUCACAGAUGGCUAUCUGCCAUUUAACUCAAAAAGCAAACCAAUAAAUAUUAUUCAAACUACUGAUUAUAUAGUAGUGAUUCGUCACCCAUACCCCUGUGGACCACUUGAAUAUUACUAAAGGUGUUGGAGGACCACUUAAAUUAUUUUUCUGUCUGCUGCAGCAAUUGUAACACACUGUGGUAUAGGCAGUAUUGUUUUUAAUUGCAUUUUCACAAACAUGACGCAGAAUGUUUUACAACCAUUAACCUGAAUGAAGUUCACAGACCACUGGUGGUCCACAUUGGCACAAUUUGGGAACUCCUGUUACAGAGUUCCUUUUCAGUUCUAAUGCCUGGGACAAAUGUACCAGCUGGCCAAUGGUGGGAGGCUGGAUACACUCUGCUUUCAUUAUAUCCAUUUGCUUCCAUUAUGCCCCUAAAACAUUUUAAAAUGUUUGAUACCAAGAUUUCAAGCUCUGUUAAGGUCUUGUGAUCAAAACCUAAGUUUGUUUUUCUCCCCAAUCUCCUUCCUUUGAGGUUCCUGAAAGAAAAACACGAUCGGGAUGCUUUGAUUUAGAUACAUCAUUAUUACAAUUGAAAUGUUUGUCCUCCAAAAGGUUUGUCUUCCAAAUGUUUGUCCUCCAAAAACCUUUUACAAAAAGGUUUAUAAUAUUUGUAUGUUUUUACAAUGUAAUCUGUAACUGUGGGUGUGCAUGAGAGAGUAUUAUGAAGAAAGCACAAAUGUGCAUCUUCAGCAAGAUCUCCUCGGACUCAGCUAAUAAAAUUUAUCAUUAUUAUUAUUAUUAUUAUUAUUAUUAUUAUUAUUAAUUUUAUGCAUACAGUAACUAGCGUUGCAACCUUCUAGUUGAUUUAAAAUCUAGCUGGUUUAAAAACCAACUAAAUAAAAAGAUACCCCUGAUUAAAUGAGCAAGACAGUAAAUUCUUUUUAGAAAAAACCUCUAAAAGGUACAGAUGUAUUUAUUUCAACAAUUUAUAUACAACUUAAUCACGAUCACUUAGUGUAUAGUCACUUAGUCACACCUAUUUAAUUUCUUGGCAAAAAUGGUGCAUUUCCCAGAUUCAACAAUACGACCUGGGUACCUUGUCAUUGUUUUAACUGGCAGGCUAAGACAAGUUUGUGCCUUACUUGUGUUGCUGAAUGCACACAGGCCUUCUGUGGAAUGCUGAUGAAUCCAAACAUUUGGGAACUUCCCAAUGAUUGCAAAGAAAGAUGCCUAGAUUAUAUAUGCUAGACUGUUACCUUGUGCAAUGUCAAACUAGCAGUUUUUCAAAUCUGUGGAAGCAGAAUCUAUGAAAAGUGUGUGUCAAACUGCCAUUUUAAAGAGUAGCUUUAAUUGGUGUUUAUACAUUCUGAAAUGUACAUUAGUUUAACUUCAAAGCAUAAGACAGUGGAGGGGGCUGAUCUGUAGUCCUCUAGGUAUUGUUGAAGUACAGUUUCCACCAGCCCCCAGCUAGCAUAGCCUGUGGCAAGGGAUGAUGGGAGUUGUAGUCCAGCAAUAUCUGGAGAGCCACAUGUUGGUCACUCCUGGCAUACAUAGUUCAAAAUUGGCAGCUUUAAUGCAAAAUGUCUGUGUGCAUAUACCGUAUUUUUCUAUGUAUUACACGACCCCAUGUAUAAGACGACCCCUAUUUUGGGAGCCCUCAACAGUUGUUGAGCUUCUUUUGUAAGUUUGCCAAGCUGUUGAGCAGCUUUUCGAUGAUCUGGCUGACGGAACUGGUGCCGUAAUACACCGCAUACUGGCACUCACCAAAUACUCUUCCUAAGCCAGGAAGAGCGGGUAAGCAGCCUCCUCUCCGACAUUUCCCUGCUACUGUCGCAGCACCAGCCCUUGCUUACUUAGCAUAUUAACCCGUGUAUAAGACGGCCCUCAAUUUAUCACAAAAAAUAUUCAGGAAAAAAGAUCGUCUUAUAGAUGGAAAAAUACGGUAACUGUGGAGGAUAUAAGUAGUGACUCUUGGUUUAUUUUUUUAAAAAACUUUUAAAAUAGCCCACGAGGGUGUAUAAGGAGAGAGAGUGAUCCAGAUGUUCACGAGAAACCAUUUCUGAGUUCCAGUGCACCACCUGUAACAAGUCUUAGCCUCCUUGGAAACUUUGAGGUAUGUACAUGCUCCUAAAAUACUCUACUUCUUGCAAUUGAUGUAUUGAUACGCUACUACAUGGGUAGGCAAACUAAGGCCCGAGGGCCAGAACCGGCCUAAUCGCCUUCUAAAUCCGGCCUGCGGGCGGUCCGGGAAUCAACAUCUUUUUACAUGAGUAGAAUGUGUCCUUUUUUAAAAAAUGCAUCUCUGGGUUAUUGGUGGGGCCUGUCUGGUGUUUUUACAUGAGUAGAAUGUGUGCUUUUAUUUAAAAUGCACCUCUGGUGGGGCAUAGGAAUUCGUUCAUUUCCCCCCAAAAAAUAUAGUCCGGCCCCCCACAAGGUCUGAGGGACAGUGGACCGGCCCCCUGCUGAAAAUGUUUGCUGACCCCUGCACCACUACGAUAUGCCCAGUGUGAUUCUCAGCACACUUGGUGCCUGUUUUCAUUUUCUGGUGCCAGGUGCAAAUGGCUUUGUACAGACUUUUUAAUUGAAGAUAAAUGGGGUGGUUGGCUUUUUUUGCAGAUUUUAAAAAAAUAUUAAUAAAUAUAAUGUUAUGUAUAGAUAAGUACAGAAAUAUUUGUACAGACAUCUCAAAAGUUGCAUGCAAUAAGCACGAGUGCUCCUGCUGACAUGCAUGCCGAAAACCGCACCAGAAGAGGGGCAGGGUAGGGGCUCUGCAUCUCAAACAGAUGAAUAUAUUUUAUUUAGCCUAGCUGGAGUCAUUAUUUUAUAGGAAUUUUCUUUUAAAUGUAUACAAGGUGUAAAUUUCAAAACAUUUUUCCAGACCCAGGUCCAUUUUGAGGGGGGUAUUGAAUUGAGGUGUGCCUGCUGCUGCCUCAUUUCAUAGAUUACUUGAUAGUAUAAUUUGCCUAAAGUUUAUUUCAUCAUUGAUCCUAAUUUGCUUUGUCUGUUUGCCUCCCACUCUGACAUGUCUCCUAAAAGGUUUUUGGGGUGGGGUUUUUUUUUUUUUUUUUGCAUUCUUUGUUGUAGUAAACUGUGGUUUGAGAUUAUAGACCUGGACUACGUUUACUUUUGAUCCUGCCCCCAUGAUGUGUAAAACUUGUAUGAGAGGUUUUGCAUUAAUAAUUUUAAGAUCCCUUUUUUUUAUUAGGCCAAAGCAUAUAUAAAUAAACCAGAUUUUCUGGUGACUUAAGCAUACAAGCAUUAUUAUAGUAUUUUAUUUUGGGGGAAGCCAUUUCUCUUCAUAUUUUCUGUUGGUAGAGAGUUUGUGAUGUAACUCAAGAUCAUUUAUCUGCCCAAAUAACUUUAAGCAGAAGUUCUUGCCAUUUUUUUAUUAGGUUCAGCUAUAACAUUAUGGUUAAAAAUAAAAACAAGACCCAGGGCAUAAUACUCAUUUUUUAUAGCCAAAAUUCUGCCAAACCCUCUUAAAUUUAGUAUCUUUAAGCCAAUUUGAACAAUUCUUCUGGGUUUUACAGAAUCAAUACUGUAUUGUCUGCCAACCCCCCAGAGCCAAUGGUGGUGCAGGGGGGAAACCCCAUUACAGAGGCGGAAGUCCUUGAGCAGGGCUUAUACUGAAAGGGCUGGUUAGAUGAAUCCGGCCCAAUGUGUAAAUUAAAAAACCCACUGACUUAAGUCAAUUUAAACCAGGCAUUUCAAAUCUCUACUCCAGUCAGUGUGCUUUGCAUGGCAGCUUGGGGUUAACUAGGUUUGUGAUAACAUUUGUCACGUCGGGACUACAGUGGUACCUCGGGUUAAGAACUUAAUUCGUUCUGGAGGUCCGUUCUUAACCUGAAACUGUUCUUAACCUGAGGUACCACUUUAGCUAAUGGGGCCUCCCGCUGCUGCUGCUGUGUGGCUGCCGCACGAUUUCUGUUCUCAUCCUGAAGCAAAGUUCUUAACCCGAGGUACUAUUUCUGGGUUAGAGGAGUCUGUAACCUGAAGCAUCUGUAACCCAAGGUACCACUGUACAGCUCAGUGGUGAAGUGUUUGGUUUGCAUGCAGAAGACCCCAGGUUGAAAACCUUCAUCCCUAGUUAAAGAGUCCAAUGGCAGGUGAUGUGAAAAAGUCCAGCAGAGCUGAUGCCUGUUGGUGUAGACCAUACUGUUCUAGAUGGGCAAGUAAUCUGACCUGAUAGCGGGCGUCUUCCUUUUCAUCUGUUUGUACACUUCAUAGGUAGCUUUUUUCAACAGAGUUUUUUCCAUUCUUCCAGGAGUCUGUACUGAACUAUCGUUUGGAUCCCCUGGGCAUUGUGGAUGGCUUCACAGCUGAAGUGGGAGCAAGUGGGGUCUUUUGUCCAACGCACAUGACUCUUCCGGUUGAAGUUUCAUUCUACAGCGUUUCUGAUGACAAUGCACCCUCUCCAUAUAUGGUAAACAUUUGAACGUUACAGUUAGCUAUGGAAAUACAUUUACAUGUCUGAACUAAAUCCUGAUACAUUUGUAAAGAUAGUUGGGUUGCCUUGGAUCCAAAGCAUACUACUGUUGCAUGCACGGAACCACAGCUUUGGUAGCAGUUUGUUGCCAAAGGUUUGUAGUCCCUGCUGUCCCCUGUGCACACUUUUACUUUUUGAACUUUUAAUGGCAGACUACGCGUUCAGCUAAGCUGGGUUUUCCUGCAAUAAACACCAGACUGCAACCUAGUUCUUGCCUAGUAACCACUUUCAUUCAUUGUUGUGUGGAAUCUCAGCAGUUUAAAUGCAAAUGCAUGAUUACAGCUGUUGACACUCCCUAUGUAUCUCAGCAUUUAUACAGAAAAUAAGAACCUGUUGUAACUCAUUUUGGUUGAUAGGGAAUGAUGAUGGCAACAGAAACUAUUGAAUUAUGCAGAAAUGGCGAAGCUUACCAGAAGAAUAAGAAAUCGGGACGAAAAAAGUUUUUAAUAUAGAGUGGAAAUCAUUUAUUGAAUAUUUACAAAAAUAUUGUGAACAGAUUAAGACAUUAGCAGGAUUAAUGUAAAAACAUGCAGUGAUAUGAAACAACUAUUGAUUAUAUGUGAUAAAUAAUACAUGAAUUUGAUUUGGAAAUGCAGUAAAAAUAUUGUAAACAUAAGAAGCUGCAGAAAGAGGGAAAUGAGAGUUUAAAUAUGAUAAAUGUAAUAAUUUGAUUUUUAAGAGCUUUUUGCUUGUAAAAUAAAAAUUAUAAAUAAUUUUUAAAAAUUUAGGAAAUGAUUAUAAUUCUUUGAUCAGCGCACAGGGAUGAGUUCAGCCUCUAGGUGUUAGUAUCCUUUUGUAAUCAUUUCUGACUCAUGCCUCCACCCAGGAAAACCUGGGACUUCAGCUUGGUAUGGCUAAACAGUAUUUAUUCAAGUUAACAAACAACAUCCGCAUUAACAAGAGACUGGCAACGUAGACAAAAUGCAAAACUGUCUACUUCCUCCAUGGGUCUAGAUGUGCUAGUGGCCUUUCCCAUGAUUAAUUCAAGAAUGAAGUCUGUGAGGUGGCAUGCUGUCGAAAUAAAAUAAAAAAAAAAUGUCCAGUAGCACCUUAUAGACCAACUAAGUUUGUUCUGGUAUAAGCUUUUGUGUGCAUGCACACUUCUUCAGAUACAUGGGCAUGUACACCAGAACAAACUUAGUUGGUCUAUAAGGUGCUACUGGACAAUUUUAUUAUUAUUAUUUUAUUUCAACUGCAUCAGACCAACACAGCUGCCUACCUGAAUCUAGUGGCAUGCUGUGUGUUUGUUCCACAAAGGUGCAAAAACUUUAGCACAGUUAACAUGAACACCCUGGCAAGGUGUCAGUAGUUAAUGACUGCAGCCAACCGUUGGUGGCUGUAAAUUCAUAUUCCAAUCAGAUUGUGGCUGCAAAGAGCCUCCUGUAGUUCAUUUUGGCCUUGCAGCGUCAGCCAAUCAAACCAGUUGCUGGUUUGGCUUACAAACAUCACAUCCUAGUACUGAUCUCAUCCAGGUAGGAUGAACUCGCUUGUUCAUAAUUUCAGCCAAAAGAAGUUGUAAAAUCUUUAUUGUAAAGGUUAGCAAAUCUCUCCUUCAGCAGAACUAUAGCACUGAAUUAGCUUUUAAAUCUUCACAAGGAAGAGAGUGACUCCUGGUCUUGGUCUCCUUUCCUGACCAGAUCUUUCACCCUGUACUCUCAGUGCCCCUUGUGCUCCGAGUGUAACAGACCCUUACUUUUCUUACUUGUUGAAGGUGGCUGUAGAGGAGGCACAGGUGUCCCAAGCACCCAUUUGUUGGUUAACAUAUCAUUAAGGAUAUGUUGCAGCUUCACCCAACUUUCAAAUGAAGCUCCUUUCUAUUUUGGGUGUCUUACAGUAAGAAUGCAAUACCAACCUCCACCAUUUGGUGGCUUCUGUUUUUCAUUACAACUUUACAUAACUCCUUUGGAGUUUUGCACAUUUUUCUUUUUGUGGGGAAAGCAUCAUAUGCGAAGUAGCCCUUUAUAUAAGCUACCAAUGAACAUCUUGUUUUGAUAAGUUAUAUUCACUUGUGGCCUGUGUGCCAGCCUAACUAAAUAGGUACGUACGUUCACAAAAAGAAAACACAUAUACAGUACCCAAAAGUACUCUUGGUUCCCACUCUUGUGGCAGCCAAAACAUCCAAUAUACAUUACAUGAACUGCUUUGGACUGAAUUGAAAAGACUAUGUGGGCCCCAUUAUAGCCCAGUCACCUUAGUUAGGAAAGGAAGCUAUUGUAGUUGUCCUGUCUUCCUUCCUGCAAAUAAAUGCAUUGUGAUUAUUAUCCUGUGGAAUUGACACUGUUCUUUACUCCUUGAGUUAGGAGUAUGUGAAUAUGUCAAAAUAAUCAAUUGUCCGUCCUGAAUGAUGCUUAAAAGGGAAACUACGUACCAGAGUGGGUGAGACUAAACUGUCCUCUUCAAGCCACAUUUUUGUGCACUCCUAACUUAACUUUGGGAUGCGGUUUAAACCACUGCGCUGCUUGGACUUUUCAAUCGGAAGGUUGGCGGUUUGAAUCCCCGCGACGGGGUGAGCUCCCGUUGCUCGGUCCCAGCUCCUGCCAACCUAAGCAGUUCGAAAGCCCGUCAGAGUGCAAGUAGAUAAAUAGGUACCGCUCCAGCGGGAAGGUAAACGGCAUUUCUGUGCACUGCUCUAGCUUCGUCAGAAGCGGGUUAGUCAAUGCUGGCCACAUGACCCGGAAAGACUGUCUGUGGAAGCGGACAAACGCUGGCUCCCUCGGCCUGUAAAGCAAGAUGAGUGCUGCAACUCCAGAGUCGUUCGUGACUGGACUUAACUGUCAGGGGUAUCUUUACCUUUACCUAUACAGUGGUACCUCGGGUUAAGUACUUAAUUCGUUCCGGAGGUCCGUUCUUAACCUGAAACUGUUCUUAACCUGAAGCACCACUUUAGCUAAUGGGGCCUCCUGCUGCCACUGCGCCGCCGGAGCACGAUUUCUGUUCUCAUCCUGAAGCAAAGUUCUUAACCCGAGGUAUUAUUUCUGGGUUAGCGGAGUCUGUAACCUGAAGUGUCUGUAACCUGAAGUGUAUGUAACCCGAGGUACCACUGUACCUUUAACUUUACUGGUGUGUUACCCAUGUAAAAAACUUUUUGAAGUUUCUAUUGCAGAUCAUUUUGAAAGUUAAACACUUUGAUAUACUGAUGCUUACAUUAAGAUGCCUAUUUGUAAUUUUCCAUUUCUUGUUUGAUCCUUACAGGGUGUAAUUGCUUUAGAGUCACUUGGUAAAAGGGGUUAUCGGGUACCUCCUUCAGGAACGAUACAAGUGGUAUGUACUUUGUGACAUAAGAGUUACAUUAAGAAUUGUCUUUCCAACGUACAGUGGUACCUCUAGUUAUGAACUUAAAGCGUUCCGGAGGUCCGUUCUUAACCUGAAACUCUAGAGGCAUGCUUUCGCUAAUGGGGCCUCUUGCUGCUGCUGUGCCACCGGCACACAAUUUCCGUUCUCAUCCUGGGGCAAAGUUCUCAACUCGAGGUAACUCUUCCAGGUUAGCAGAGUUUGUAACCUGAAGCGUUUUUAACCUGAGGUGUUUGUAACUCGAGGUACCACUGUACUGCUAAUCACUUGGACCUCUUGGAUAUGAGCUGUUAGAUAGCUCCUUUCUUUGUCCAAAGGCCACAGGCUAGAAGAGCAGAAAGUAUUUGGAAAGAUCAUAUUUGAGAAGAUAGCCAGUAGUUACCUAGCAACUGCAGAGGUGGUCUGUCACUUUUGGAUAAUAUGGAAGGUGAUUGAGAGGCUUAUUAGUUCUUAGUCUCCUCUUUCCAGAAGCAACUGCUGUGUAUGAAAGUGCAGUUACUGAAGACACAUGAAUUUUCAAGUGUUUGUUGGUUCGACAGAAUAGUGCCAUUCUGAAGCACCUGUUUGUCCUUUUCAGACCUUAUUUAAUCCCAACAAGACUGUGGUGAAGAUGUUUGUGGUGAUAUAUGACUUACGAGAGAUGCCAGCCAAUCAUCAGACAUUCCUACGGCAAAGAACCUUUUCUGUCCCUGUGAGACGAGAAACAAAGAGAAGCAUUAAUAAAGAAAAUAUUCGACAUACUGAAGAACGACUACUACGCUACCUCAUUCAUCUGAGGUAAGGCUGCUGAGCAAAGGGCUGGAUCCAACGUUCUCUUCUUGCUAAUGCAAGGGCUGUUGCACUAGUGGACCGGGGGGUUGGGGGUUGAAUAUUACGCAGCAGAGGAGUCCAGCACUGCAGCUGUGCUAGUGGAAACUUGCUAUGCAACAGAUUGGGCAAAGUUAACAGCAGCCUGCUUAGGCAUCCUCUUUGCAACCACAUCCUGCUGGUACAAAGCAUGUCACCAGCGGAAGAAAUACUCUACUAAGUGAUUUUGACUUAGUUCUAUGUUGGAUAUAUCCCAAUGUUCUUAUGUGUUACUUAGUGCAGAGAAUUCUUUGAAUCAAAACAACAGCUUGGUUUUUUUUUAAAUUAGUGCUGGAAAAUCUUUUGGAAAAAGGCACUGGGACCCUGUUAACUGUACUUUUGCUUAUGCAGAUAAAAAGUCAAAUGGGCCACAUGUAUUGGUUUUUCAUUCUUUGCUCUAACAAUAGAUUUGAAACAAGUGACUCAAGUUUUAGUUGCUGAAACCAUACACAUUCUCUCCCAAACAAAUGAAGUCAUACAACUCUAAACUGCUUUGUGGUAGCAUCUGUUUAGAAGGCCCUAAUUAAAGUUGUGUCAGCGCUUCCAUUGUGAAAGCCCCUUAGCAAGAGGUUGUCAGCAGAAACAUUUGCCUAGGGCUGAAACUUGCCAUUCAGACUUUUAAAAAACAAAAGCAGUCCUUUAAAACCUAAGGGUCAGUUCGCUUUUUCAUUUUUUUCAUGUCCAUGUUUGUGUGUCCAUCAAAACUCCUGUAAGUUUUGGCAGGUUGCUUUUGUACUUUGUGUCUAUGUGACUGAAAACAUAACCUAUAAUUUUCUCUUGUGAGAUGGAUAACAUUCUGCUGAUACGCAAACCAUAGCUGUCUGUCUAGAGACUAGCCAGCUUCUGUAAGAUUUUUAAACAAGCUCAUGCCCAGACUUAGCUUAGAUCCUUUAACACUUUUUCUUGGCAUGUUCCAGGAGGGUGUCAUUCAGAGAGAUAUGUUCAGUUUUGCAGUAAAGAUUUAUCUUGUUUUCUCAUUGGCUUUGAAAGAAUGAGAUACAGGCUAUAAAAAUAUCAAACAAAUAGGCUCAUCACCCUAAAUAUAUGCACUAAUGUGUUCUGAUUCAAUAAUGUGCCAUAAACAUAAUUGAAAAUUGCAGUCACUGUUUCAUCUGUUCUUCCUACUUCAAAUAAAAUGUCUCAGUCUGAUCCUUAGAGUACAAGCCUCAAGUAGUGGUUAUAUAAGGAUAAAUGGAAAAACACCUACUUCCUUUUGAACUAGAUAAAAAGUAACAGUUUAGACUAUUGAAGAAAUUUAUUCUCCAAGCUUUGUUCUUCUGUGACAUUUCUUACAUGUGCUUUACAUUCAGCAGUGACUAAUACUGACAUCUGUUCUCCUAGGUUCCAGAGUUCUAAGUCUGGAAAGAUCUACCUCUACAGAGAUGUAAGACUCCUGUUCUCUCGAAAAUCAAUGGAAGUUGACAGUGGCGCUGCAUACGAACUCAAAUCUUACACUGAAUCUCCAACAAACCCUCAGUUUUCUCCCCGGUGUUAGCAAGAUGCAACAAUGAAAAGUAUUUGCUCAGUUACCAGAUUACUAUUUAAUAAGAUGAACAAUUGGCAUAAACUAAACUGUUUAAAAGUGAAGAAAGUGAGGUGGUGGUCAAAUGAGAGUCAAAGCUCUUCUAGGCUCUUGGACCAGUUUUUAAAAAUGCUUCUGGAAUGAGCUUUGUGUAUUCCAAGUAGACUGGAACAUACUUAGUCCUAAUCUUUUUAUACUGGUUAUAAACCACUUCAUUGGACGUGUUGCAAUAGCAGAUUCCCAAAUUAGUUUAGUGUUUACACCUUAUUUUAUUUUUUGGUUAUUUAAUAUUUAAUGUUUCUUUUACUUAAGUGAUGUUUGUCUUUACUGUUCUAAUGUAGCACAAAUCCUAUGUAAAAUCAUACUACGUAUUUUUGACAUUAUUAUUGAAAUCUGAAAUAUAUACAGAAGUCUUUACUUUGUGUGAUGUGUUUUUAAGUGAUACGUAAGCUGCUUAAAAUAAGGAUGGGAUUUUGAACUUCCAUUGCAUUAUCAUACUAUGCAAGCAUGUAGGGCAGGAUGGGUUGUGUAUCUCCCCCCCCCAUAUUGCUAAUUCCUCACCCCCACCCCAUGAUAACACAUGAAACCAUACUUCAAAACUGUGGGACUACUCAUUCAAAUCAUGGACCCAACCUAUAAUAGCACCCAUUUCCCUCCUAAAAGACCCCUCAUCAAAGCCUUUCACAUUGUUCUAAUCAGUAUCAAAAUUUUACAUAACACUGCUGUCCCAUACCUGACUUUCUCAGACUUUUUUUUUUUAAAAAAGAUGUACUGUGAAAACAAAGUAGUAUUUAUAUCUUAAAUAUAUGUGAAAACAGCA